AGCAGUUUUAAUUCCCAGCCUACUACGGCUGGAAGACUACACGGGGGUGUAGUUUUGUCUUUUCAGGGGGCGUCCAGCAAGCGGCCCGUCUGUGAGGACAAAGUUGGACCAUCGAGAAGCUGCUCGGCUUCAUCAGGGGGGGCGGGCUCCGUCCCAACACCAGCGGGCGGCCUUUCACGCUGCCAAGCCAAGAAGGAGAAGAAGAUGUCGACCCAGCAGGCGCCGACUUUCACGCAGCCGCUUCGGAGCGUGGUGGCACUAGAGGGUAGUGCCGCCUCGUUCCAGGCGCAAGUGAGCGGUGCUCCGGUUCCCGAGGUGUCGUGGUUCCGCGACGGCCAGGUCCUGUCUGCCGCCGCCUUGCCCGGCGUUCAGAUCUCGUUCAGUGAAGGCCACGCUGUUCUGAGCAUCGACGCCGUCAACGCCACGCACAGCGGGAGGUUUUCCGUCCGGGCCACCAACGGAGCCGGACAAGCCACCAGCACCGCAGAACUCGUGGUUACAGCGGAGACGUCACCUCCCAGUUUCCUUCAGAGACUCCAGAGCUCGACGGUACGGCAGGGUAGUCAAGUGAGACUCGCCGUCCGAGUCACGGGCAUCCCGCCGCCCGCCGUCGUGUUCUACCGCGAGGGAGCCGAAAUCCAGAGCUCGGCGGACUUCACCGUCAUCCGAGACGGCGACUCGUACAGUCUGUUGAUCGCCGAGGCCUUCCCGGAGGACUCCGGGACCUACUCGGUGACGGCCACCAACAGCAGCGGCCGGGCCUUGUCCAGCGCCGAGCUGCUGGUUUACGGCGAGGAAGUGGUCCCGGCCAAGAAAACCAAGACCCUGCUUUCCAGUUCCCAGGUUUCGGGCUCACAGAUGAGUCUUCAGACCGGGGUGGAGCAGAGUUUUCAGAGCAUGGCCACCAUGGAGAUGCAAGUGGAGAGUGCCGAGUCGACGGCGCUCCUGGCUCCCCAAGCUGCGAUUGCCGGGGUGACGGUGGGGCGGCGGCAGUCGCCCGUCAGACCCGUCAAAGCGCCCGCGUCUUCGCCCGGCAGGGCCGUCGUGUCCCCGACGGGCACACUGGAGCUGGGGGACGGCGGCGCCGACGUCCUUCCCUCCUGGAAGCUGACCGAGGGCGGCGGCGGCGGCGAUGUGGCUGAGCUGGACCGGGAACAGCAGCUCAUCUGCAUCACGCAGACGGCGGAAGAAAUUGCCGCGAUUCCCCCCGGAGACGGCGCGGUCCCGCCCGUCUUGCUUUCUGCUUUGAAGAAUACAAAUGUGACCGAAGGCGAGUCCGUGAGCCUGGAGUGCCAGAUCGGCGGGCGACCCGCCCCCGUCAUCAUGUGGUUCCGGGAGGACUACAAGAUCGAGAGCUCGGCGGACUUCCAGAUCAGCUACGACCGAGCCGGCUGCGCCCGCUUGCUGAUCCGGGAGGCCUUUGCCGAGGACAGCGGCCGCUUCACCUGCACCGCCACUAACCAGGCGGGAACCGUCAGCACUUCCUGCUACCUGCUCGUCCAGGUGUCUGAGGACAUCGAGAGCCGAGAGGAGGAGGUCGAAGAGAGGGCAGUCUCCGAGCAAGAAAGCGUCACCCAGGCGAGCGCGCUGGAGUCAGAGUCCUGUGCCGAAGCUCCUUUCUUUGUCAAGACUCCCGGCGUCCAGAAGCUGGUGGAGGGCGCAAGCGUCGUCUUUGAAUGCCAAGUCGCUGGGAGCCCUCGCCCGCAGCUCGUCUGGAAGAAGGGCGGUGUCCCGCUCACCAGUGGAUACAGAUACAAAGUUGCCUACCAGAAGGAGAGCGGCCUUUGCCAGCUGCUCAUCUCUAUGACUUUUGCUGACGAUGCCGGAGAAUAUACCGUCGUUGCCAGGAACCGGCUCGGAGAGUCCUCUGCCACCGCCAGGCUGCUGGAGGAAGAUGAAUACGAAGCCUACGUAAAGAAACAGGAGGUGACCUCCGAGAAGGGAGCGGAAGCACCAGUGCGGGAACCCCUGGUCGGAGACGUUGCCCCCACCGUGACCGUGACGGACAAAAUGACCACCACCACCUUUCUCUCUGGAGAGGAUUUCCGCCUGUCCAUCAUCGAGCAGCGCAUCAUGCAGGAGAUCGAGCUGAGCGUCCUGAGAAUCACUUACGCAGAGCUGCUGGCAGAGGAUAGCGAACAGAUGGCGAGUGCCGCCGACCAGGAGGCCGUGGCGCCCGCCUUUGACGCGCUGGUGAAAAACUACCGUAUUGUGGAAGGAAUGGGUGUCACCUUCCAAUGCAGGAUCUUCGGAGUGCCGCCACCCAAGAUCGUUUGGUUCAAAGACGGUCAGCGCAUCCAUGCCGGCGGACGCUACCAGGCGGAGGUUCUUCGGGACGGCCGUGCCAGCCUACGACUGGCAGUGGUUCUGCCCGAGGACGAGGGUGUGUACAGCGCCUUGGCCAGCAAUGAGAAGGGAAACGCCGUCAGCUCCGGGAAGCUCUACGUGGAGCCCUACGUGGAACCCUACGUGGGGGCCUCUGGCAGCGCGUCGCCCCAGACGUACACCCCGCAGCCGGCCCCGCAGAGGAUCCGGUCAGCGUCUCCUGGCUCGCCUAGCCGCUCCUCCAGCCGCUCUCCCAGCCGUUCUCCCGCCCGAAAGCUCGAUGACACGGACGAGGCUCAGCUGGGGAGACUCUACAAGCCCGUCUUUGUGGUGAAGCCCACCUCGCUCAGAUGCUCCGAGGGGCAAACUGCCAGAUUUGACCUGAAGGUGGUUGGCAGACCCAUGCCGGACACCUACUGGUUCCACAACGGAGAACAAGCGGUCAGUGAUUACACCCACAAGAUCGUGAUUAAAGAGGACGGCACUCAGUCCCUGAUCAUUGCCCCGACCGUGCCGCAUGACUCGGGCGAGUGGACGGUGGUCUCUCAGAACCGGGCCGGACGCUCAUCCAUCUCUGUCACGCUCACUGUGGAUGCCAAAGAAAUGUUGGUGCGUCCACAGUUCACAGAAAGGCUGAGGAACGUUAGCGUGAAGAAAGGAACACUGGUGGAACUGGCCGUCAGAGCCAUCGGCAACCCCUUGCCGGAAAUCGUCUGGCUGAAAAAUAGUGACAUUGUCACACCUCACAAGCAUCCACAUAUCAAGAUCGAAGGAACCAGAGGAGAAGCGAGAUUCCAGAUUCCGUCGGUGUCGGCUUCCGACAGCGCGUGGUACACGGCCACGGCCAUCAACAAAGCUGGCCGGGACACCACCCGCUGCAGAGUCAACGUGGAGAUGGACUAUGCUGAGCCGCAGCCGGAGCGGAGGCUCAUCAUCACCAAAGGAACUUACAAGGCCAAAGAGAUCGCCGCACCCGAGCUGGAGCCCCUGCAUCUCCGCUACGGCCAAGAGCAGUGGGAGGAGGGAGACCUUUACGACAAAGAGAAGCAACAGAAACCGCAGUUCAAGAGGAAGCUGAGCUCGGUUCGGAUGAAGAAGUUCGGCCCCGCCCACUUUGAGUGCAGGCUGACCCCCAUCGGCGACCCCACCAUGGCGGUGGAGUGGCUCCACGACGGCAAGCCCCUGGAGGCCGCCAACCGGCUGCGCAUGAUCAACGAAUUUGGCUACUGCAGUCUGGACUACGAGGUGGCGUACGCGCGAGACAGCGGCGUCAUCACCUGCAGAGCCAGCAACAAAUUUGGAGCGGACCAGAACUCGGCCACCCUCAUCGUCAAGGACGAGAAGGGGCUGGUGGAGGAGAGCCAGCUGCCCGAGGGGAGGAAGGGAGCGCACCGGCUGGAAGAGAUGGAGCGCCUGGCUCACGAGGGCGGACCGGCCGGGGUGAGCGGCGCCGACGAGCAGACGGAAAAGACCAAACCCGAGAUCGUCCUGCUUCCCGAGCCGACGCGAGUGCUGGAAGGCGACGUGGCCCGAUUCCGCUGCAGAGUGACCGGUUACCCUGCGCCCAAGGUCAACUGGUACCUCAACGGACAACUCAUCCGCAAGAGCAAGCGCUACAGACUACGUUACGAUGGCAUCUACUACCUGGAGAUCGUUGACGUCAAGUCUUACGACUCAGGCGAGGUCAGGGUGGCCGCGGACAACAACUUGGGCUCGACUGAGCACACGGUUAAACUGGAGAUUCAGAAGAAGGAGGACUUCAGGACGCAUCUUCGCCGGGCUCCGGAGCCCAGAGCGCCUGAGAUUCAACCCGAAGCUGGAAAGACUCUAUUUGAGGUGGUGAGGGUGGAGCAAGCCCCAGAAGACAGUCGGCAGAAAGAGAUCAUCAAGCUCAAGAAAGCCCAGAGAAUUGUGCGUGAAAAAGCCACAGAGGAAUCGGAGGAGUUGAGGAGCAAGUUCAAGCGCAGGACAGAAGAGGGCUAUUACGAGUCCAUCACGGCGGUGGAACUCAAGUCUCGUAAGCGAGACGACUCCUAUGAGGAUCUUCUGAGGAAGACAAAGGAGGACCUCCUGCAUCGAGCCAAGGAGGAGGAAGAAAAGAAAAAAGAGGACGCCGCGCCAGGCAAAACGGCUGCCAAACCGCUUCAAGCGGAAAGGCUCAAGCUGUCAGCUAGUAUGGAAGCUCCCAAAAUCCUGGAGCGCAUCUCGAGUCAGACCGCGGCACGAGGGGAGGAAGUCAAGUUUCGAGUCCGGGUCAUCGGCAAACCCGAACCUGAAUGCCAGUGGUUCAAAAACGGCGUUCAGCUAGAGAAGACUGAGCGCCUUUAUUGGUUCUGGCCCGAAGACCACGUGUGUGAGCUGGUGAUCAGAGACGUCCGGGCGGAGGACUCGGCCAGCAUCAUGGUCAAAGCCACCAACUCCGCUGGCGAAACCUCCAGUCACGCAUUCCUCCUGGUGCAAGCAAAACAAGUCAUCAGCUUCACACAGAAGCUGGACCGCAUCGACGCCAAGGAGAAAGACACCAUGGCCACCUUUGAGUGCGAAACCAACGAGCCCUUCGUCAAAGUCAAAUGGUUGAAGAACAACAUGGAGAUCUUCUCCGGAGACAAGUUCAGGAUGCACGCAGACAGGAAAGUCCACUUCCUGUCUGUGCUCAUGCUGGAGAUGAGAGACGCCGCCGAAUAUUCCUGCGUGGUGGUAGAGGACGACCUCGUCAGGACCAGCGCCGAGCUCAACGUUGAAGGAGCCCCACUGGAGAUCCUGAAAGCCCUCGAGAGCGCCGAGGUGCCCGAGAGCUACUCUGGAGAGUUUGAGUGCGAGCUUUCCCGUGAGGAUGCCCAGGGCGCCUGGUUCUUUGGAGACAAGCAGCUGUCCCCGAGCAACAAGCACGUCAUUUCAUCGCGGCGCGGACGUCACAGCCUGUCCGUCAAAGAGGUCAACAAAGCCGACCAGGGACAGUACUCCUUCGCGGUGGGUGACUUGAAGACCUGCGCGUCACUCAAGAUGAAAUUUCGUCCCGUCACUCUGAUGCAGCCUCUCGCUGAUCUGACUGUCUGCGAGGGGGACAUUGCUCAGAUGGAGGUCAAGUUCUCUCAAGGGAACGUGGAAGGUACCUGGAUGAAGGACGGACAAGCUGUAAGCGUUUCGGACCGGGUGCUCAUGGUCGUCGACAAACACGUCCACAAGCUCCUCGUUGAAGACGCCAGGGAGGACGACUGUGGCACAUAUACGUUUGCGGUCCCCGCUCAGGGGAUCUCCACCGCUGCAAAGCUGACUAUCCACACAAUCGGCAUCCUGGUCCCGCUCAAGGACACGAGCGCGGUUGAAGGCACCAAGACAGUUCUGGAGGCCAAGAUCUCGGCUCAGGACAUCAGCUCGGUCAAGUGGUAUCGCGACGACCAAGUGCUGACGCCCAGUGACCGGGUCCAGAUGGUGGCCAAGGGAGCCAAGCAGCGCCUUGUCUUCAGCAGGACCUUCGCCUCAGACCAAGGUUACUACAAGCUGGCGGUGGGCCGAGCCGACACCGGCUGCAGAUUGUCUGUGCAGACUGUCCAAAUUGUGGUUCCGAUGAAGGACAGGACGUGCGCCGAGUCGGAGAACGUGACUUUUGAAGUCCAAGUGUCUCACCCCGGUAUCGACGCCUUCUGGACUUUCAAGAGGCAGCCGCUCAAAGCGGGAAGCAAAUACAAGAUGGAGUCCAAGAACACCUCGCACAUGCUGACGGUCCUAAAUGCCAUGAAGGACGAAGAAGGCGAGUACGCCUUUGCUGCCGGCGAGAAGACAUGUGCCGCCCUGCUCACCGUUUCUGGAGGCGCUAUCAAGAAGCCUCUUCAGGACUCGGUGGUAGCUGACUCGCAGACGGCCGAGCUGACGUGUGAGGUCGCCAACCCGUCGGCGGACGGACAGUGGCUGAAAGACGGCCAGCCCGUGGACUUCAACGAGAACGUCCUGAGCCGGGUGAACGGCCGUGUCAGAAGCCUCAUCAUCGUCGUCGCCAAAGCCAGUGACGUCGGAGAGUACGCCUACCAGAUCGCAAGUUCCAAGACCUCGGCCAAUCUCAAAGUUGAAGCCGUGAAGGUGAGGAAGACUCUAAAGAACUUGAAUGUGGUCCAGACACAAGACGCCAUGUUCAGCCUGGAACUGACGCACGAAAACGUAAGGGGAGCACAGUGGAUCAAGAACGGAGUGGAGAUCAAGCAAAGCGACAAAUAUCAGAUCAGCGUCAGCGGCACCGUGCACACCUUGAAGAUCAACGACUGCACCGCACACGACGAGUCCGUUUAUUCCUUCAAGCUGGGCAAGCUGUCGGCCAGUGGCAGGCUGAACGUUGAGACCAUCAAGAUCCUGAAGAAGCCCAAGGACGUCACAUCGCUUCUGGGAGCCACCGCCGCGAUGUUCGAAGUGACCAUCUCAGAGGACGACGUUCCCGUCAAGUGGCUGUUCAACAAUGAGGAGCUGCAGACCGACCAACACUACAGGAUUAUCUCUGAGAAGAAGACACACAAGUUGGUGGUUAGGGAUAUCGAUGGCAGCAAAGAGGGGGAGUACACCGCGGUGGUCGGUCAUCUGCGCUGCAGCGCUCGCCUCAUCGUCGAGUCUCUUCGCGUGACCAAACCCCCGGAGAGCGCGUCGGUGGCCGAGACCCAGGAGGCCACCUUCGAGUGCGAAGUGUCUCACUUCAACGUGCCGUCCGCCUGGCUGAAGAGCGGCGUGGAGAUGGAGAUGAGCGAGAAGUUCCAUAUGCUCGUGCAGGGCAAGCUCCACCAGCUUAAGAUCCUCAACGCCGGCAGGGAUGACUCGGCCGAGUACACCUUUGUGUGCGGCGAGGACCGCGUGUCGGCCACGCUCGCCGUCAGCCCCAUCGUCAUCUUGGCCGCGCUUCAGGACGUCAACGCUCAGGAGAAGGACACGGUUACGUUUGAGGUGCGGGUCAACCACGAGGGCAUCUCCUCUAGAUGGCUGAAGAACGGCGUGGAGAUCCGCUCUAGUGACCGAUGCCAGGCUCGCCGGAAGCAGCAGACGCACACGCUGAGCAUCAGGAACGUUCACUUUGGGGACAGCGCAGAGUACGCCUUUGCCGCGGGACAAUCGCUCACCGUCGCAAAGCUCUACGUGGAAGCUCGUGUGGUUGAAUUCCGCAAACACUUGAAGGACUUGAAGAUCACAGAGAAGAAGAAAGCAACUUUUGAAUGCGAGGUGUCCGAAGCAAACGCCCAGGUGAUGUGGAUGAAGGACGGUCAGGAGCUGGAGCCGUCCGACAGAUACAAGAUGACCUCCGAGAUGUUUGUACACCGCUUGCUUUUGCCGUCCGUCCGCCUAUCUGACUCCGGAGAGUACGCGGCCAUAGCCGGCUCCAGCGUGUCCAAGGGGAACCUGUCGGUGGAGGGACGGGACAUCGAGAUCUCGGAGCCCGCCAGUAAAAACGUAACUGUUGUGGAGGGACAAACAGCCGUGCUGGAGUUUGAAGUGAGCGAGGACGAGGUGGAGGGUCGCUGGCUGCGAAACGAGAUGGAGAUCCAGCUGCCGGGCGACCGACGCUUCAGCUACGUCGCCAUCGGAAAGCUCCACCGCCUCAGCCUGGCCGAGACCUACAGGAGCGAUGCUGGCCAGUACGCCUUUGUCGCCGGGAAGAACUCCAGCAGGGCCGUCAGUCUCCAUGUGCGACUACCCGAAGCCCCUCAGGUGCUCCAGCCCAUGCAAGCCCAGACAGCCACGUUGGGCAAAUCGGUUCGCUUCUUGGUGCGGGUGAGCGGCCUCCCGCCACCUCGGGUGACCUGGUACAGAGGCUCCCAGGCUAUGAGCGCCAGCGCCACCUGCAAGUUCCUGCAUGACCAAGACGAGCACACGCUUCUGCUGACGGAGGUUCUCCCGGCGGACGCCGGCAUCUACAGCUGCGAGCUCAAAAAUGACUUUGGAGAGGCCGCCAGCUCGGCAUCGCUGGAUGUGGAAGUUCCUGAAGAUGGCGCGCCCCAGGUGCCUGCUCCGGUUCUGCUUUCUCCCAUGAACGACACCCUGGCGACUGCGGGACACGCGGCCCAACUGGAGUGUCGCGUGUCUGGGAAAGAUGAAAAUGCCUUUGAUAGCACUUUGUCCGAGGCUAAGCUGAGUCAAAGGCUGGAGACUAGGAGCCUCAGCGAGUUUACCAAGUCCUACUCUGAGAGCUCCAGUGUGUCUUGGCGGACGGUGGAGGUGGUGGAAACGGAGAGCUCGGAGCGCAGCCUUCCCAUCUCGGCGCCUCUGAAGCCCCGAGCCCUAAUGGAGCUGCAGGACAUCCGUGUCAAGAGCGGCGAGAUGGCCGAGUUCUGCUGCUCUUUUGAUGGGCAGCCGUUCAUCGGCGUGGUUUGGGACCACAAUGGCCAGAACCUGCUCAGGGAGCGGGCAAAGAGCUCUCAGAGGGGAGGACUCUUGUCCCUGGUCAUCCAGAGUGUGAGUCUGGCCGACCAGGGCGUAUACCGCUGCACGGCCACCAACUGUCACGGCCACAGCAGCUCAUCCGCUCGCCUCACUGUAGAAGCUAAAGAGGCAAAUGUCAAAGCCGAGUGCGCCGUUGCGCCAGAUUCUGUGCACGCGGCCUCACGGGCCGGCAGGGACAACACAAAAGCUCCCCCGGUGAGCUUGGACCCGGAGAAGACGGCAGAAAAGCCAGGAUCCCUGCCUCCGUACUCACAACUGUACUCGCUGAGCAGCUUUCCCGACAGCCGCCCGUGCAGCUGGCGCCCCGACUUCCUCCUCCGGAUCCCCCGAGGUCUGCUGGUGCGCAAGCGCAACCCCCCACUGUGUUGCGCCAGCAAGGGGAUCCCCGCCCCCUUUGCCGUUUGGCUUUACGGAGGCUUGAGUAUCGGGGAUUCCGUGUGGUACUCGACCAAAGGUGACGGCCCCGUGUGCCGUUCGCCCGUUAAGAAGGUCCAAGGCGGACAAGCGGGCUCUUUGUCUUUCGAAAGCUCGGCCGAGGAUGUCGAGUGCGGCUUGGUGACUACAGUCACGAUGCACGAGAGGGUGGCUGUGAGCCAGGUCCAGGAGCAAGUCUCAGGUCUGAGCGCAGCCCACGGGUACACCCGCCGGGGCUCCGACCGGGAAGGAGGAGAGGCUUCCUCCCAGGUUUCUCUCACCAGCUCAGAAAACACAGUGCCUCCGAAAUUUGACAGUCCACUGCAGCCGCUAGUGCUGAGUGAGGGUGACAAUUUGAGCCUUAAAUGUCAUGUGACUGGCACCGCUCCACUCACCAUCAUCUGGAUGAAGGACCGGCGGGAGCUGAGGUCCACUUCCAGCACAAAGAUCACCUUUGUGAACGGAACGCCUUGUCUGAAUAUCAGCCAAGUGAGCAAAAGCGCAGGGGGAGACUAUCUGUGCAAGGCAAGCAACUCUGCCGGGACAGACUUCUGCAAGGCCAAAGUCACCGUCAUAGAACGCAAGGCAACCCCUGGGGUCUCUAGCCCUGCCGCCGUCGCCGCCCCCGUCAAGCGUCUGGACAAUCUUUUCUUCAUUGAACAACCAAAGAGUGUUUCUGUCGCAGAGAAGGGCACGGCCACCUUUAUCGCCAAGAUCGGAGGCGAGCCUAUUCCGAGCGUCAAGUGGAUGAAGGGCAAAUGGAGGCAGCUGACCACCGGCGGCCGCGUCUCCAUCCAGCACAAGGGCCAGGAGGCCAAACUGGAGAUCCGGGAGGUGACUAGGUCUGACUCGGGCCAGUACCGCUGCGUGGCCUCAAACAAGCAUGGCGAGAUCGAGUGCAGUGCCGAGAUGGAGGUGACCAAAACUGAGAAAGCGACGGAGGACAUCAGAAUCCGCUUGAAGAAGACCCCCUCAAAGCAGAAGAGCCCCCAAAAAGCAGAUGAGGUCAACUUGGUUGAGUUGCUGCGAGGCCAUGAGACCAAAGACUACGAGAAGAUCCUGAGAGAGCACCACAUUCACAACUAUCGAGCUAUCCUUCAAGCGGUGGAGCUGCUGAAGCAGGAAAAGGAGAUGAAAGCUGUGGAGACAUCACUUGACGAGCAGGUCUAUGACGAAGAUAUGGUCCGCUUCAUCCAGCAGCUGGAGGGACGCGUGGACACGGAGCCCGUCACUGUGCUGGAGGACAUCGGCGACCAGAGCGCGUGCGAAAACGACAACGCUACCUUUGAGUGCCGGAUCAGGAUCAACUACCCGGAGAUCACCUUGACCUGGUACAAAGGAACUCAGAGAUUGGAGGACGGCGCAAAGUACAGCAUCCGCAGUGACGGCGAGCGCCACACCCUGGAGAUCCGCCAGUGCCGGGCCAAGGAUGAGGGCCACUACCGGGUGGUCUGCGGUCCUCACAUCUCUGAUGCCAGUCUCAGCGUCUCCGUUGACAGGACACCGAAGGAGACGCCCGCUGCAUCUGAAGCUCCGGCUCCUGCUCCACUCAAAGACCCUGACCGCCAGGAGCCAGAGAUGUCAGCGCCACAAGAGGAGCCGCUCCUCUCCGAAGGGAACCAAAGAUGGAAAGCUUCCCCUGCCAGAGCCGCAGAGGAUAGUAGGACUCCUCCCGCAGCCUUCCCUCCAGAGGAGAAGGAAGUGGCAGCAGAGGCACCCACUCAAGUCCUGACCGCCCCAGAGGAGAAACCUUCUCCAGCAUCCAAAGCAGCGGCCAAAGCGUCUCCUGUCUUGAAGCGAGUCCCUCCACCUGCAGACAAGGAACCGGUUAAGGCUCCUGGACCAACCAAAGCACCGCUUGAACCCAAAAUUGAGACAAGAGCAGCAGCAGCAACAGCAGCACACAAGGUGCACAAAAAGCAUCUUGACCGAGAGCCCGACGUUCCCGGUCCGCAUGAAAGACAAAGUCGGGAUUCAACAAUCAAAGGUCAGGAAAGUUUCGUCACUCUGACCCAAGAGACGAGUCAAGUCCAGCUUUGCGAAGUACGUGACGAGCUUGCGGUUGCUUAUCAAAUGGAGACAGAAAAACCGAAAGGAACGACUGCUUCCAAAAAAGUAACUCAAGUGCCAGGCAAGCCGAUGCAAUCCAUCAAAUCGAAAAGACAAAAUAUCCAACUCGAAGGACGUCCCGGCUUGCCAAAGGAUGGCCCCAUUCCAAAAGCUGAAGAUGACGCCAAAGCGACGAAACCUGCUGAUGGCGAGCACAGAGAGUUAAGAGUCACCACGAGUCAAGCAGUCUUCAAGUGGGAUCAAGAGGUGUCAAAAACCACGCUGACAGCCGCAGAGCUACCGGACAGACUGGCUCCAGAGGCGCCCAACCCUGCCCUAGGAGAGAAAGACAAGCACAACAUUUCACACAGACAAACUGAUCGCAUCAAGACUGGCGCCAAAUUCAAGAGUACGCCAUCGCCUGGACGCAAUGCUGAAAAGGGUCAAGGGGCGUUGGAGCCCAAGGAGCAGCUGAAAAAGGUGGAACCAAAAGAGGCUGAGAAAUCCAAAGUAAAGGAAGUCACCACUGGAACCGACACUGUUGGGGCUGAGAAAAUGAAAAGAAUGUCAGAAACCGCUUCACCAGAAGUUGCAGCCAUUUUAAAGGAACCUUGCCCUCCAGAGGCCUCCCAAGGAAAGUGGGUCUCACAGGUGAAGCCCACCCGGCAAGAGAAAGAAAUGAUUAAGGAUGGGGCUGAGGACAGCAACGACGCGGCCGAUGAGGAGACCUGGACUCGGGAGCCGGUCCCCUCUGAUGACUGGCGAGUUCAAGGGCUGGAUGGGGCGUGGGAAACCCCAGGCCCUUCUGACAGCCAAAAAGAUGGCAAACCAGUGGAGGAACCUUCCAAAGGACGAGGACGAGGAUUUGGCGUGAGACUAACACCCUCUCCCGGGGAUGGUGGUCGGGGUCGAGGCCUGCGGCCCGGCGGCGGUGGUAAAGGCCCCUCUCCACCGGAGGAGCCUUUUGGAGGAUUCAAACUCAAAGCGGUGCCGCUCAAGUUCAUCAAGAAGCUGGUGGACAUUGUGCUGCAGGAGGCCGAGUCCAUUGGCUCUUCGGCCGUGUUUGAGUGCCAGGUGUCGCCGUCCACCGCCGUCACCUCUUGGGUUAAGGAUGGCUGCAACCUUCGUGAGGGCCCCAAGUACAAGUUCACCUCGGACGGCAAAGACCGCAAGAUGGUGGUCAAAGAUGUGCAGCUGUCGGACACCGGAGAGUACACCUGCGUUGCCAAGAAUGCCGGAAGGGAGAUUACCUGCACCGCUAAACUUGUUGUUGAAGAGCUGCCUGUGAAGUGGGUCAAAGAGUUGGAAGCAGAGACGUCGUGCACCAAGGGUCAGCCCAUGUACCUGACCUGUGAGCUCAACAAAGAGAGGGACGUCAUCUGGAAGCGCGAUGGUGUCAAACUGAAGAGACAGCCCGGCAAGUUGGCCAUCAACAUCAUCGGCUUGCAGCACGCCGUCACCAUCCAGAACGCCCUCGAGGAAGACAGCGGCGUCUACUCGUGUGAGGUGGACGCGCCGGACGGCAUCAAGACCAGCACCAACGUCAAAGUCACCGAGGUGAUCAAAGACUGGUUGGUGAAGCCCCUGAGGGACCAGCACGUGAAACCCAGAUCCAGUGCCACCUUCAGGUGUCAACUCUUCAAGGACACCGCCAACUGGAAGUGGCUAAAAGGCGACACGGAGCUCACGCCUUCCGACAAGGUGGAGAUCAGCAAGGACGGCGUCAGCAUGCAGCUCACCAUCAACAACUGUCAGCCUGACGACGUGUCAGAAUACACCUUUGCCGUGGAGGACCGCAAAUACUUGGCCAAACUGACUCUGGGGGAGCGUGAGGCGCAAAUCCUCAAACCGCUGGCGAGUGUGGAAGUGGUGGAAAAGGAAGAAGCCAAGUUUGACACGGAAAUCUCAGAGGACGACAUCGUUGGCGAAUGGAAGCUCAAGGGACAAGUGCUCAGCAGAUCCCCGAUGUGCGACAUUAAAGCCGAUGGCAACAAACGCUUCCUGAGUUUGAAGAAUGUCCAGUUGGAUCAAGCGGGCGAAGUGUCCUACCAGGCUUUAAACGCCAUCACCAGUGCCAUGCUGACUGUCAAAGAGAUCGAAAUGGGCUUUGUGGAGCCUCUGAAGGACGUUUCAGUUCCCGAAAAGAAACAAGCAAAGUUUGAAUGCAGCCUCACCAAGCAAGUAUCCAAGGCCAUGUGGUUCCGGGGCACGGAAAUUGUGGCCCCAGGCCCCAAAUACGAGAUCAUCGAAGACGGAAACAAGCACAUGCUGAUCAUAAACAGCUGUGAGUUUGACGACGACUCUGAGUACUCCAUCCAAGUUUUGGAUCACAAAUCCACGGCUCGGCUCUUGGUGGAAGGCUUGAGGCUUAAGAUUGUCAAGCCGCUGGAGGACCAGAUGGUCAAAGAAGGCAAAACGGCUCGCUUUGAGCUGGAGUUGACUCACAACGACGUACCGGUGGUCUGGUACCGAAAUGAAGUCAAGCUCCACGUGAGCAGAACGGUGAUUGUGCACGUGGAAGGAAAGAAACACGCUCUGGAAAUGAACACUUUGACCUUGGAUGACACCUGCCAGAUUAAGGCCGAGGCCAAGGGAAUAAGCACGUCAGCAAAGCUGACGGUCAUAGAGGGCGACGCCGUCUUUGUGGUGAAACUCCAAGACUACACGGCCACUGAGAAAGAGCAGGUCUCUAUGGAAUGUGAGCUCAACAAAGACGUCCCCGUGAUUUGGUAUCACCAAGAGAAGGAGAUGAUGGCUUCCAAGACGGUGCUCAUUCAAUCCAAGGCAACUCGCAGGUCUUUGGUCUUGAUGAAGGUGGAGCGGAGCAGUCAAGGAAAGUAUACCUGCGACUGCGGGACCGACAAGACGGUCGCCGACCUCACCGUGGAAGCUCGCGUCAUCAAGCUGCUUCGACCUAUUUACGGCGUGGAGCUCUUUGACGGCGAAACGGCUCGGUUUGAGGCGGAGAUCUCUGAGGACGACGUCCACGGCCAGUGGCUGCUGAACGGAGAAGUUCUGAGCGCUUCCUCUGAUGUGGACCUCAUUGAAGAGGGAGGCAAGCACACGCUCAUCCUGUACAACUGCAAAGUGCCCAUGAGCGGUGAGGUGGCUUAUUCCGCCGGAAAUGCCAAGUGCGCCGCCAACCUGAAAGUCAAAGAACUUCCGCUCAACUUCCUGAUGCCGCUGAGCGACGUGCACGUGUUCGAGAAGGACUCCGCCCGAUUCGAGCUGGAAGUGUCCCGAGCGCCCAAAUCCUUCCGUUGGCUGAAGGAUUCGCAGGAGCUGGGGAGGGACGACAAGUACGAGAUCAUCCGAGACGGCAACUCGUACGCGCUGCUGAUCCGCUCGGCCACCUACGACGACGAGGCCAAGUACGUGUUUGAGGCGGAAGACAAGAGGACCAGCGGCAAACUGGUCAUCCAAGGAAUCCGCCUGGAGUUCCUCAAGCCCAUCAAGGACGUGACGGUGAAGGAGCGCGAAACGGCCGAGUUCAGCGUGGAGCUCUCGCACGAAAACAUCCCCGUGGUCUGGUACAAGAACGACGUGCGACUUCACCCGGCAAAGGCCAUCCACAUGACGGACCACGGCGCGGUCCAUAUGCUGGCCUUCAAGGAGGUUGCCCUCGACGACACGGCCAUGAUCAAGGUGGAGGCCGCCGACAAGAGCGUCAACGCCAUGCUCACCGUCAUUGAGGGCGACCCGUAUUUCACCAGCAAGCUGCAGAGCUACACAGCAGUGGAGAAGGACCAAGUGAAGCUGGUGUGCCAACUGAGCAAGGCGGCGGCCGACGUCAAAUGGUUCAAGGACGGGAAGGACCUCACACCCUCCAAGAACGUCAGCGUCACCGGCGAAGGCAAAAAACGAAUCCUGAUUCUGCGUAAGGCCGAGAAGAGCGACACGGGAGAAUACGCGUGCGACUGCGGCUCCGACAGGACGGAAGCGUAUCUCCAAAUUGAAGAUCGUGACAUCAAGGUGGUGCGUCCCCUGUACAGCGUGGAGGUCACCGAGACGGAGACGGCCAAGUUUGAGACGGAGCUUUCCGACGAGGAUGUGGAGGGACACUGGAAGCUGAGAGGAGAAGCUUUGCACCCGUCGGCCGAUGUGGAUAUCAAGGCAGAGGGCCCCAAGCAUCUCCUUAUCCUCUACAACGUCCGUAUGGACAUGGCGGGAGGCGUGGACUUCUCAGCGGGCAACGCCAAAACAAACGCUCAGCUGCGAGUGAAAGCUCGAGCCAUCAGCUUGCUGCGACCACUGAAGGACGCCACUGUGACGGCCGGAGAGACGGCCACCUUCCGCUGUGAGCUGUCCUACGAAGGCAUCGUGGUAGAGUGGUUCCUGGCAGGGAACAAGAUGGAGGACGGCGAGCGGGUGAAGACUCGAGCAGAUGGCCGGAUUCACGCGCUGACGGUUCAAGACGUGAAGCUGUCAGAGGCGGGCCCCGUCAGAUUGACCGCCAAGGACUUCCAGACUCAGGCUCAGCUCAUAGUCAGAGAGCCUCCGGUGGAGUUCACCAAGCCUCUGGAGGACCAGACAGUGGAGGAGGAGGCCACGGCCACUCUGGAGUGCGAGGUCUCCAGAGAGAAUGCGCAAGUUGAAUGGUUCAAGGAGGGACAGGAAAUGCAUAAGACCAAGAAAUACAACGUGAUCGUCGAUGGGCGAAAGAGGGCGCUGGUGAUCCACGACUGCAACCUGGACGACAUUAAAACGUACACAUGUGACGCCAAGGACUUCAGGACGUCCUGCUUCCUCGACGUCAUACCGCCUCACGUGGAGUUCAUCAAGCCUCUGCAAAAUGUCGAGGUCCGAGAGAAAGAAUCUGCCAAGUUUGAAUGCCAAGUAUCCCGACAGUCCGCUAAGGUUUGCUGGUUCAAGGAUGGCUGUGAGAUAAAAAAAGGAAAGAAGUACGAGAUUACGGCCAAGGGGCUUCAGAGGAUCCUGAUCAUUCACAAGUCUGCCAUGGAUGACGAAGCGGAAUACGAGUGUGACGCAAGGACGUCAAAGAGCUCCGGCAUGCUGACUGUCAUUGAGGAGGCUGCCAGGUUCACCAAGAACCUGUCCAACGUCGAGGGCACCGAGACAGACAGCGUUAAGAUGAUCUGCGAGGUCUCCAAGCCCGGGGCUCAGGUGACCUGGUACCAAGGAGACCGAGAACUUCCGGAGGGCGGCCGCUACGAGCAGAUCGCGGAUGGUCGUAAACGGAUCCUGAUCAUCCAAGACUUGAGGAUGGAGGAUGCCGGUGAAUACAACUGCAGACUGAGUCCCGAUGUCAAGACAGCUGCUGUCCUGAAACUGAAUGAACUUGCUGCCGAUUUUAUCGCCAGACCGCAGAACCAGGAAGUUGUGGAAGGAGAGAAGGCUGAGUUUGUCUGCUCAGUCUCCAAAGAAACCUAUGAUGUGAAAUGGUUGAGAGGGGAGAAGGAGGUCAUAAGCGGGGACAAAUACCAGAUUGUCAGCCAAGGAAAAAGACGAGCUCUCGUUGUGAAAAACUGUGAGCUGAAGGAUGAGGGAGGUUACAUGGUCCUCAUUGGCAGUGUUCAAGCCUCUGCUGAUCUCUUGGUGAUCGAAAAACUGAGGAUCAUCACACCCAUCAGAGACACAGAAGUCAAAGAGGGAACCGAGAUUGUCUUCAACUGCGAGAGCAACACUGAAGGUGCAAAGGCCAAGUGGCAAAAGAACCAGGAGACCAUAUUUGAGAGCAGCAAGUACAUGGUGGCUCAGAGAGACAACGUCUUCUCCCUGAGGAUUCGGGACGCUCGCAAGAUAGACGAGGCCGAAUACACUGUCGGCCUGACCAAUCACAGAGGAGAGCACGCCAAGUGCUCAGCCUGCGCGAGAGUUACUGAGGAGAAGCCCAAGUUCCUGGUGCCUAUAGAGGACAUUGAAACCCAGGAAAAGAAGACCAUCAGUUUUGUGUGCAAGGUGAACCGACCAAAGGCGACGGUGAGAUGGCUGAAGGCUGGCCAGGAGGUGGAGCUCAGCAAACGCAUCAUCUACAGAAGCGAAGGUCUCCACCACACGCUCAACAUCAAGGACUGCCUCAUGGAGGACGAGGGCGAAUACAGCGCUGAAGUCGGCGAAGACAAGUGCGCGGCCGAAUUGAUCAUCAGCGAGGCCCCGACGGACUUCACUGCACAACUCAAAGACCAGACGGUCACCGAGUUUGAGGAUGCAGAGUUCACCUGCAAGUUAUCCAAAGAGAAGGCCACCGUCAAGUGGUACAGGAAUGGCCGAGAGAUUCGAGAAGGGCCGAGAUAUCUCACCGAGAGGGAAGGUAAGACGUGCAGGCUCGUCGUCAAGGCGUGCAGACCAGAAGACGAAUGUGAAUACGCCUGUGGCGUGGAAGAGAAGAGAACCAGAGCCAGACUAUUUGUUGAAGAAACCCCGGUAGAGAUCAUCAGACCACCUCAGGACAGUAUGGAGCCUCCCGGUUCAGAUGUGGUGUUUGAGGCGGAGCUCAACAAGGACAGAGUGGAGGUGAAGUGGAUGAGAAACAACAUGAUCAUCAUCCAAGGAGACAAAUACCAGAUGAUCAGCGAGGGCAAAGUUCACAGACUGCAGGUGUGUGAGCUCCGACCUCGAGAUCAGGGCGAGUACAGGAUCGUUGCCAAAGACAAAGAUGCUCGAGCUAAGUUGGAGCUGGCGGCUCAUCCAAAGAUUAAAACCACAAACCAGAACCUGAUAACGGAUGUCGGCAAACCCUUUGUCAUUACGGUACCCUACGAUGCCUACCCUCGGGCAGAUGUAGAGUGGUUCUUUGAUGGCGCCAGUCUACUGCCCCAGAACAUUGACACCUCAGUUGACAAGACAGUGUACCGCCUUAAAAGUCCCACCAAAGAAGACCAGGGCAAGUACAAGGUGGUCAUUCGGAACAAGCACGGGGAGGAUGCGGCCUUCGUUAACCUGGAUGUGAUUGACGUACCCGGACCCGUCAAGAACCUGAGGGUCACCGACACUGUCGACGGUGAAGUCAGUUUGGCCUGGGAGGAGCCCGAAAGUGACGGUGGCAGCAAAAUCGCAUCCUAUAUGGUCGAGAGGCGCGAUGUCAAGCGCAAGGCCUGGACGGUGGCGACAGACCGCGCUGAUGCACCUGAGUAUUGUGUUAGUGGCCUUCAAAAGGAUUCCUGGUACCUGUUCAGAGUCUGCGCCAGAAAUCGUGUUGGGAGUGGACCCCACGUUGUCACUGAAGACGCCGUUCAGGCCAAGAAUAAAUUUGAUGUUCCCGAUGCACCGGAGAAUGUAGAUGUCAGUGCGGUGAACAGAUUUGGUGCCACCGUCAUCUGGGAGCCUCCUCUGUUUGACGGCGGCUCAGAGAUCACCGGCUACGUGAUCGAGCUCCGUGACAGGACGUCGGUAAAGUGGGAGGCGUGCAUGUCCUGCGGGGCCGGCGAGCGCUCGGCCAGUCUCAACGACGUGGUCGAGAACAAGGAGUAUAUCUUCAGAGUGCGAGCCGAGAACAAGGCCGGCCUCGGCAAACCCAGCGCUGCCACCAAACCCGUCAAGAUCAUGGAUCCCAUCGAGAGACCAAGCCCGCCCCUCAACCUGAACUUCAACGACCAAACCAAGGACGCUGUCUCGCUCACCUGGGAGACGCCUGCCAGCAACGGCGGCAGUAUCAUCACUGGCUACAUCAUCGAGAAGUGCGAGGAUGGCACAGACAAGUGGCUACGCUGCAAUGCUCGACUUUGUGCAGACCUCUUCUACCGGGUAUCUGGACUAAAACACGGUUCCAAGUACCUUUAUCGAGUUUGUGCUGAGAAUGCCGCCGGUAUCUCCGAUCCAGCGGAGCAACUCGGCCCGCUUCUUGCCGACGAUCCUCACGUGGGUCCGACCAUGGAGCUGAGUGCCUUCAGGAAUGGCUUGGAAGUCAUUGUCCCUCAGCCUCUCGCCAUCAGAGUUCCCAUCACUGGGUACCCAACUCCCACCGCCAAAUGGACGUUUGAAGAGAAGGAGCUGACGUCAGCAGAGAAGCGUGCUUCUGUGGUCACGAAGCCCUCGUAUGCAGAGCUUAAAGUUACACCAAGUGUCCGUCCAGACAAAGGGACCUACACUGUACAGCUCGAAAAUGAUAUGUCCUCUGUCUCUGGAGAGAUUGAUGUCAAUGUUAUCGCAUGUCCCAGUGCUCCUAAAGACUUCAAGGUGGCCGAGGUGACCAGACACCAUGUCCACUUGAUGUGGGAGGCUCCUGAGCAUGACGGAGGAAGUCCUGUCACACACUACCAGAUUGAGAAGAGAGAAGUGUCUCGUAAGACCUGGGCAAAGGUGGCCACCGGAAUCCUGGACCUUGAGCACACAGUGACGGAUGUCAUUGAAGGGAAGGAGUACCUGUUCAGUGUCGCUGCCUGCAAUAAAUGCGGAGCGGGAGAGCCGUCCUAUAUCAACGAGCCCGUCAAUGUCUCGUCGCCUGCCACUGUACCAGAUCCUCCCGAAAAUCUAAAGUGGCGGGACAAGAGCAGCAAGGGCAUCUUUCUGUCCUGGGAGCCUCCAAAGUAUGACGGUGGCUCCCACAUCAAAGGCUAUGUGGUGGAUAAGUGUCAACGUGGAACCGACAAGUGGGAGCCCUGCUCCGAUCCUGUUCAAGAGCUGAAGUUUCAGGUCACCGGUCUGAUCGAAGGGCAGUGGUAUGCAUACCGAGUCCGAGCUCUCAACAAAUUAGGAGCUAGUCGACCCUGCAAGGCUACUGACGAGAUCCAGGCUGUCGAUGCUAAAGAACCUCCAGAGAUUCAGCUGGAUGUGAAGCUGUUGGCCGGCGUCACCGCCAGAGCCGGCAGCAAAAUUGAACUCCCUGCCGACGUCAAAGGAAAGCCAGAUCCGCGCGUCAAGUGGACCAAGGCCGACCUGGUACUGCGGCCCGACGACCGCGUUGUCAUCGACACCCAGCCGGGGCACUCCAAGUUGUCUAUUACCACCACAACCAGAAGCGACAGCGCCAUCUACAUAAUUGAAGCCGUCAAUACCUGCGGACGUGCGACGGCUACUGUCGAUGUCAACAUUCUCGACAAACCUGGGCCACCUGCUGCCUUUGACAUCACGGAAAUCACCAACGAGUCUUGUCUCUUGGCCUGGAACCCUCCGAGGGACGACGGCGGCUCACCCGUUACCAACUACAUCGUGGAGAGUCGCAAGGCUAACCAAGAGGAGUGGACCAAGCUGUCGGCCACAGUGAAAUACACCACUUUCAAGGCCUGCAAGCUCACCGCUCUGAUGGAGUACGUCUUCCGGAUCCGUGCUGAAAACCAGUACGGUGUCGGAGAACCUGCCGAGCACACGCCCAUUAUUGCAAAGUAUUCAUUUGAUCCUCCGGGCCCUCCAUCGAGAGUCACUCCCUCUGACAUAGCCAAGGAUGCCGUGACUCUCAACUGGAUUGAGCCAGAUGAGGAUGGCGGCAGUCCUAUUACUGGUUAUUGGGUCGAGAGGUUUGAUCCUGAGACUGAUAAAUGGAUCAGAUGCAACAAGCUGCCGAUCAAGGACACCAACUUCAGGGUGAAAGGACUAGUUACGAAGAAGAAGUACAGGUUCAGGGUCUUGGCUGAAAAUCUGUCUGGAACUGGAAAACCAAGCACAGAAACAGAUCCAGUCCUUAUCAAAGACCCCAUUGAUCCUCCAUGGGCUCCUGGAAAGCCUGUGACCCGUGACGUUGGCAAGACCUCUGCUCUGCUGGCAUGGACUAGGCCCGAGCACGACGGCGGAGCUAAGAUUGAUGGCUACAUCAUCGAGUUUCAGAAAAGAGGAAGUGAUGAGUGGAUCCGCAUUGCUGAGGGCAUUGGACAGACUGAACACCAGCUGCAAGGCUUGAUGGAGAAGCAAGAGUACGCCUUCCGCGUCAAGGCUGUCAACAGAGCCGGCGAGAGCGAACCCAGCGAGCCCUCUGACUCUGUGGUCUGCAAGGAGAGACUCUACCCCCCAUCUGCGCCUCAGUGGCUGGAUGUGGCCAACAUCACCAAGAUCAACGCUGAUCUCAAAUGGCAGGCACCCAGCAGUGACGGAGGCUCGCCCAUCACCAACUAUGUGGUGGAGAAGAGAGACGUGCGACGGAAGGCUUGGCAGACGGUGGACACCACCGUCAAGGAGCUCAAAUACACAGUGACGCCACUUAAUGAAGGCUCGUUGUACGUGUUUCGCGUGGCCGCUGAAAACGCGGUAGGCCUGGGCGAAUUCUGUGAGCUGGAGGACGCCGUGCUUGCCAAAGAUACUUUCACUACUCCUGGACCUCCUUAUGCGCUGACUGUGGUGGAAGUCACCAAGCGACAUGUGCAGCUGAAAUGGGAAGCUCCAAAAAGCCACGGCGGUAGACCCAUCACCAGGUAUGUGAUAGAGAAGAAGGACAAAGUGGGAACACGUUGGUUGAAGUGCUGCAAGACUCCAGACAAACAAACUCAGUUUAAGGUGGUCGAUGUGGACGAAGGCUCAGAGGUGCAGUUCCAAGUGCGUGCAGAAAAUGAGGCAGGGGUUGGAGAACCCAGCGAACCCACCGAGAUCCUUACCAUUGAGGAUCCGACAAGUGCGCCGUCGCCACCCUUGGAGGUGACUGUCCCAGAUAGCAGCAGGGAGCACAUCAACGUCUCGUGGAAGCCGCCAAUCAAGGAUGGUGGCUCCCCUAUUAUAGGCUACCACGUGGAGGUGGCGGAGGCUCGUCCGGAACUGAAGUGGCUCAGGGUCAAUACCAGGCCGAUCAAAGACCUCGAGUUUAAAAUUCAAGAUGGGAUCAAACCAGAAAAGAAGUACGUCAUCAGGGUUCGCGCCAUUAAUGCCUUUGGCGUAGGCGAUCCCUCGGAGCUAUCUGACAAGGUCUUUACCAAAGAUCCAGACUGUGCCCCAACCAUGGAGCUGGACACCAAGGAUGUGGUGGUGACGGAGGGAGAGAAGCUGCACCUAAACGUUCCCUACAAAGGCAUCCCCACGCCACAGAUGGUGUGGCAGAAGGACACAGUAGAAUGUCAGAAAGGCGAGCGUCUCUCCAUGAGAGUGGAGAUGAACAGUUCUCACCUAGAACUUCUCCGAUGCAUGCGUUCUGACGUUGGCAUCUACACCAUCACCCUCACAAACAGCCUGGGCACUGCCAAUGGAAACAUUAACGUCAAAGUCAUCGGGCUUCCUGGUCAGUGCAAAGACAUCAGUUCAAGCGAUGUCACCAAGAACUCCUGUAAGAUCAGCUGGGAAGCACCUGAGGAUGACGGCGGGACACCGGUUCUUAGUUACACGCUGGAACGUCGUGAAGCCUCCAAGAAGACCUACAUGCCUGUCAUGUCAGGAGAUAAUGUUCUCAGCUGUGCGGUGAAAGACCUAUAUGUUAACUGCGAGUACUACUUCCGGGUCAAGGCCGUCAACAAGGUGGGCGCCGGAGCCUAUCUGGAGUUGAGAAACCCUGUCAUCAUAGAGGAAAUGAAGCAGAAACCAGACCCACCCAUCCAAGUGGAGGCCCAAGAACCAACCUCCAAGUCUAUUGUCAUCACUUGGAAUGCUCCCGAUUAUGACGGCGGUUGCCCCAUUCAAGGCUACAUCGUGGAGAGGAUAGAGAAGGACGGUGACCGCUACGAGAGGGUUACCCCUAGCUCGGUCCCUGGUUUCAGCCACGUGGUGACAGGUCUCAAGGAGGACACGGAGUACCAAUUCAGGGUCCGAGCCGAGAAUGCCGCCGGAAUCAGCGAACCAUCUCGAAGCACACAACCCAUUCGGGCUGCCGACCCAGUCGAGAAACCCACUGUCACCCUGCAUGCCCGUGUGCAGUGCGGUUUGUGCGUGAAGAAAGGCGAAGAGAUUCGCGUAGACGCAAACAUCUCGGGUUCGCCUUACCCCAAGGUCACCUGGAUGAGGAACAGUGAGGAUGUCACCAAAGAGCCCGCCAAAAAGGUUGUCCCACAAGUUAAGAAGAAGACCAAAACCAAGGUUUUUGAAGCCAAGGAAGAGUUUGUGACGCCGCUGCGAGAGCGCCUUGGUUUGGACCAGACAAAGAAGGGUCACUCCGCUUUGAUGAUCCGAGAGGCCAUCAGAGCAGACCAUGGCAACUUCACCAUCCAGGUUGAGAAUACUCACGGCGUUGCCACGGCCUCAUGCGUCGUUAAUGUCCUCGACAAACCCGGUCCACCUAUCAACUUCACCUUCGAUGACAUCAGGAACACCUCCGUUGUGUGCAACUGGCAGCCUCCUGAGGAUGACGGUGGCAGUGAAAUCCUGAAUUAUAUCCUGGAGAAAAAGGAUAACAAGAAAGAUGACAUUGGCUGGAUCACCAUCACCUCAACCUUGAAGACUACCAGCUUCCCCGUCACCAAGCUAAUUGAAGGGAAGGAGUACAUCUUCAAAGUUAGCGCCGAGAACAAAUUUGGAUGCGGGCCACCUUUGGUGUCUGAACCGCAGGUUGCUAAGAACCUGUUUGAUCCUCCUGAUGCACCCAACACCCCAAGAGUUCACGAGGUGACAGCAAGCUCCGCCCACAUUACCUGGCACGAGCCAAAGGACAAUGGUAGUCCCAUUUUGGGCUACUGGAUCGAGAGAAAAGAAGUGAACAGCAAACACUGGACUCGUGUUAACCGCACGCUCCUCAACUCUCUGGAAGUGAAAGCUAGCGGCCUGAUGGAGGGACUCACCUACAUCUUCAGGGUGUGUGCCGAGAACCUGGCCGGACCCGGACCUUUUAGUGAACCCACGGACCGCAUCGUUGCUAUGGACGCCAUCCUGCCUCCAGGUCCUCCAACACCAUGGAUCGUAGACACCGGGAAAGACUGUGUCAUUGUGGCCUGGAAGCCGCCUUUGUACAAUGGAGGAGGGGACAUCUUGGGCUAUCACGUUGAGAAGGUGGUGGCUGGGGAGAAGAACUGGACUCGCAGCACAGAGUUCAGGUGCAAGGAGCUGACCUACACUGUCACAGGUCUGACCGAAGGGACCGAUUACUACAUUAGAGUGGUCGCAGUCAAUGAUGCGGGUCCUGGAGCCCCCGGAGUCACAGAACCCGUCACUGUCAAGGAGCCACAAGAACCUCCCGCUGUUGACUUCGACAUCUCCGUGAAGAACGGCAUCAUGAUAAAGGCCGGCGAGUCACUGAAGCUUCCCGCAGUGGUGACUGGCCGCCCGCAGCCUGAUGUCAAGUGGACCAAAGAUGAUGCUGAAAUUGACAAAGAGAGAAUGAUUGUGGAGACCGAAGGCAAGAAUAGCUGUCUGGUCAUCAAGAAGACAGUAAGGGCGGAUCAUGGCAAGUACCAGAUUUCGGGCACCAACAGCAGUGGUACGAAUGCUGCCGAAACCAAAGUCGACGUCAUGGAUGUCCCAGGGCCUGUUGUCGACUUGAAGACUGUGACGGUGACCAAGAAAAACAUCACUCUCACCUGGUCCGAUCCAGUGGACAAUGGCGGCAGCGACAUCAUUGGCUAUGAGGUCCUGAGAAAGGAUGCUAAGAUGAAGCUCUUCCGCCAGCCCGUUGAGGUGGCGUCCUGCAAAUACGACGUGCAGGGACUGCUGGCGGGCGAGGAAUACGACUUUAGGGUCGUUGCCCGGAAUAAGUAUGGAGAUGGCAUUCCUGCAGACCUUGGGCCCAUUCUAGCCGAGGAUCCCAAAGGUACACCGUCUGCUCCUGAGAAACUGCACUCCACAGACAGAAGCAAGAACACCAUCACGCUGGCCUGGCAGCCACCACGCAGCGAUGGCGGUAGCCCCAUCAUUGGCUACUACGUGGAGAAGAUGAGAUCGGACGACAACGAGUUCGAACCGGCCAACCGCAAGAUCUUUACCAAGUGCACCGGUGUCAUCGAGAACUUGUCAGAGAACCAGGAGUAUGAAUUCCGGGUCAAAGCUGUGAAUGAGGUCGGCCACGGCCCGCCGUCCAAGCCCAUCGCAGCCAAGAUUCAGGAUGAUGAAAUUGCACCACUUAUUACAAUUCUGAAGUACUUCAAGAGUAACGCAAUCAUUGUGAAGAAAGGCUCGGCCGUCGACAUUCCAGCUGAGGUUAAGGGACUUCCCCUUCCGACAAUCAAAUGGAUGAAAGACGACGAGGUGAUGGACAAGUGUGAAAAAGAGAUGACGAUAGAAACUGAGGAGGUAAAUCGCACAACGUUGAGGACAACCAUUUCCAUGCCGGAAACCAUCAGGCAAGACAAAGGCAAUUACAAACUUUUAGCCGAAAACAGCCACGGCAAAGCUCAGCUCGUCAUCCGUGUGGAGAUCCUCGACCGCCCUCUUCCCCCGAGGAACAUUGUGGUCUCGGAUAUCAAGGCGGACUCCUGCUACCUGACCUGGGAUGCCCCCGAAGACAACGGAGGCAGUGAGAUCACCAACUAUAUCAUCGAACGCAGAGAUGCCAGCAAGAAGAAAUCAGACUUUGAGGCCGUGACCUCAAACCUCAUCGAUCGUCGCUACGGGGUCUACAAACUGAUAAUGAAUGGCCACUACCAAUUCAGAAUCAGGGCGGAAAACAAAUACGGCGUCAGUGACGGCUGUGACUCCGAGAAGGUAGAACUGAAGGAUCCGUUUGGACUCCCGGGACCGCCGCAAAACCCCAGGAUCAUUGCCGCCACAUCCAACACAAUGACUCUGGCCUGGGAUCCUCCGCUCAACAACGGCGGCUCCACCAUACAAGGCUACUGGCUGGAGAAGAGGGAACGUGGAGCUGUGUACUGGGGGCGCGUUAAUCGCUGCCCAGUCACCAAACCAGCCGUGAAGGCCCUGCAGUACACUGUCCUCAAGCUCAUCGAAGGAACCGAAUACCAAUUCAGGGUGGCAGCAAGCAAUGCCGCAGGGAUUGGGCCGCCCAGCGAGUCCACAGAGUGCCGCUUCGCCGUGGACCCAUGCAACCCUCCUACUGCACCCGGAUCCCCUGAAGUCAAAGACAAGACCAAGAAUAGUGUCACACUCACCUGGAGUCCCCCAGACAGGGAUGGUGGCAGCCCCGUCAAGGGUUACAUUAUUGAGGUUCACGAGGAAGGCUCCCAUGAUUGGAAAAGGGUGAAUCCUGAUGAAAAACUCCACCCAUCCACUGUGAUAACUGUUCCCAACCUAAAGGAGGGCAAGAAGUGUAAGUUCAGGAUCUACGCUGUGAAUGCUGCAGGCAGUUCGGAGCCUGCCAGGACUGCAGACGUCCUUGUUCAGGAUAUCCUUGUUGAGCCGACCGUGUCACUGGACGUGAGUGCCCACGACCUGCUGAACUGCAGGGCUGGAACCACAAUCAGGAUCCCUGCCAGCAUCAGCGGGCGUCCAACGCCUAAGGUAACCUGGACCUUCGACGGAACGGCCGAGACCGAGACAAAAAAGCAACUCCACACACUCCCCGUCGGCUCAGAGAUUCACUCCACCGACACAACCUCCGUGGUCAUCAUUCCUGAAUGCAAAAUGAACCACGCUGGCCGCUACAUCAUCAAUGCAGAGAGCCCAGCCGGACACAAAGUCGUCAAAGUGCGAGUCAACAUCCUUGAUCUUCCAGGACCUCCUCGGGACCUGAAGGUGAGCGACGUGACCAGAGGUACUUGCCGACUCACCUGGAAACCUCCAGAGAAUGAUGGCGGAGAGAGGGUGAAGAGCUACUUCAUUGAGAAGAAGACUGUGGUGGGAAAAGCCUGGACAAAGGUGAAUCCAUCCUGUGCUGCGCAGUCACUCGUGGUUCCAGACCUGAUUGAAGGUCAGGAAUACCUGUUCCGCAUCCGUGCCGAGAAUCGAUUCGGUUUUGGGCCCUACGUUGCAACCAUCGAGGGGACCACAGCCAGAGAUCCUAUACAUCCCCCAGAUCCCCCAACCAGGCUUAAAAUUGAAAGUGUGAGGAAGGGAACAGUGAGCCUCACAUGGAAGUCUCCCAAAAACGAUGGUGGAUCACCUGUAACUCACUAUAGUGUCGACCUACUCUGCUGGGAUGCCAGUGGGACUCAGAAAGAGUCUUGGAGGAGGUGUAACAGGAGGGACAUUGAUAUCACAACCUUUAAGGUGGAGGACCUGACAGAGGGUGAUGAGUACGAGUUCAGAGUGAUUGCUUAUAACCAGGCUGGACCGAGCCGACCAUCUUCUACUGCCGGGCCCAUUCUCAUUCGGGACCAGACCUGCGCUCCAUCCAUUGAACUAAAGGAGUUCAUGGAGGCCGAGCAAGGCAGUGACAUCGAGAUUGUGGCCAGGAUAUGCGGCUGCCCGUUCCCCACGCUCACUUGGUACAAGGCCCCACCUCACAAGUCAGACAGCAAGGCAGAGGUCUGCUACGAUGAGCACAUCAACAAGAUGGUGUCCGACGACAGCUGCACACUGUUGAUACAGCAGGGCAAACGUCCUGACACCGGCCUUUACACACUCGUGGCCUCCAACAGCCUCGGCAAAGCCUCUAAAGAGAUGAGGCUCAACGUGCUUGGUCGUCCCGGUCCUCCCUCUGCUCCCAUUAAGUUUGAGGAGGUUGGGGCUGAGAGAAUUACUCUCUCCUGGCUGCCACCAAGUGAUGACGGGGGGUCCAAAGUCACCAAUUAUGUCAUCUGGAGGCGGGUGGCCAACAGAAAUACCUGGGUCCCUGUCACCAGCGAACCCAAAGAACGCAUCUGGACAGUGGAGAACCUGAUGGAGGGCCACGAGUAUGUUUUCCGCAUUAUGGCCCAGAACAAGUAUGGUGUCGGCGAACCGCUAGACAGUGAUCCCGAAGUCGCCAGAAACCUCUAUACUGUGCCCGGACAAUGCGAAAAGCCAACAGUGUCCGGCAUCACCCUGGACUCCAUGACCGUGACUUGGGAGGAGCCCGAAGACGACGGCGGCACGCCAAUCACCGGUUACUGGUUGGAGCGCAAGGAGACCACCGGGAAACGCUGGGCACGUGUCACCCGUGACCCUAUCAGACCCAUGGGCUUGGGUGAAUCAUGUACAGUGAACGGACUCAUUGAGGGUUCCGAGUACAUCUUCAGAGUUACGGCUAUCAAUGCUGCGGGACCUGGACUCCCCAGCGUUCCGACUGAUCCCAACUUUGCCAGAGACCCCAUCUCCCCGCCCUCUCCUCCAACACCAAAGGUUUCAGAUUGGACAAGGUCAACCGUGGAUCUGGAGUGGAUCCCCCCGCUGAAAGACGGAGGCUCCAAAAUUCUCGGCUACUGGGUGGAGUACAAGGAGGAAGGCACAGAGGCUUGGGUCAAGGCCAAAGACACAGAAAUCCGUGGCACCCGUUUUGUGAUUGCUGGUCUGAAGAGUGGCGGUCAGUUCAGGUUCAGAGUCACGGCCUUCAACCUCGCUGGUGUUAGUGAACCAGGUGAAGUUCUUGAGGUGCUGGAGCUCAGCGACAGAAACGUUGCCCCUGAGGUUGAUUUGGAUGCCUCGGUCAAGGAGAGGUUGGUGGUCCACGCCGGUGGGGUGAUCCGGAUCAUCUGUUACGUGUCUGGUCAGCCAUCACCAGAAGUCACCUGGAGCAGGGAUGGAAUGGCUCUACCCCCUGAGGCCAAGGUGGAGACAACAGCCAUCAGCUCAUCUUUGGUCAUCAAAGGGUGUACCAGAAGGCAUCUCGGCAUCUACACACUGACUGCAAAGAAUGCCGCAGGGGAGAAGACGAAGAACGUCACAGUGGAAGUGCUGGACGUUCCUGGGCCCGUAGGCAUCCCUAUGAUUGCAGAGAACUUGAGCAAUGAUUCCUGCAAGAUCAACUGGUACUUCCCAGAGAACGACGGCGGUUCUCCCAUCAGUAAUUACGUGAUCGAGAAGCGUGAAGCCGAGAGAAAAGCCUGGACGUCGCUCUCGUUCACCGCCAGCAGACAGAAUGCCGUGGCUACCGGCCUCACCUCGGGCCAAGCGUAUUUCUUCAGAGUUGCCGCCGAGAACGCCAUUGGCAUCGGACCCUUCAUGGAGACGGCGGCCGAGCUCAUCGUCAAGGAACCAUUGAGUGUGCCUGACCGACCCGAGGAGCUCGAGGUGACCAAGGUCACCAAAGAUUUGAUCAGUAUCACAUGGAGAGCCCCUAAGUUUGACGGUGGCUCAGAGAUCGUCAUGUAUGUCUUGGAGGCUCGUUUGAUUGGGAAAGAAAAGUUCACUCGAUUGACCAAGGAAAAGCUGAUGGAAAGGAAGUACACUUUUGACGGAUUGAAGGAGGGCGACACCUAUGAGUUCCGAGUUAGCGCUGUCAAUGAAGUCGGGCAGGGUAAACCCUCAUUUUGCUCCAAACCAGUCACCUGUAGGAAUGAACUCGAGCCACCGACUAUCGAGUUGGACUUCCGCGACAAACUCAUCGUCCGUGUCGGCGAGAGCUUCCUGCUGCAGGGUCGCUACACCGGCAAGCCUUCUCCAUCCAUCGUGUGGUACCGAGACGACGAAGAGCUGAAGGCCGAUAAGCACGUCAUGUUCAAGAAUACGCUGACCACAAUGUCGCUGGGUGUGAUGAAGGCACAGCGCCACCACAGCGGUCGAUACGUGGUGGCGGUGGAGAACAGCACCGGGUCCAGAAAGGGAGUCUGCAACGUCACAGUUGUCGACCGUCCAUCGCCUCCCGUGGGUCCAGUUGUCUUUGAGGAGGUGCACCGUGACUACAUGGUAAUCUCUUGGAAACCUCCUCUGGACAGCGGCGGCGUAGAGAUUUCCAACUACAUCAUUGAGAAAAGGGACGCAAACAGAGAAAUGUGGACCACUGUCACUUCAGCAAACACCAAGACCACAUGCAAGAUCCCCAAACUGACAGAGGGAAGAGAGUACAUCAUGAGAAUCUGUGCUGAGAACAUGUAUGGUAUCAGUGACCCACUGGACUCUGAGGAGAUGAGAGCAAAAGACCUCUUCAGAGUUCCAGAGGCCCCUGAGAUUCCGACCGUCAGGGAGGUGUACGCUACCAACGCACUGGUGCUCUGGAACCGGCCCCGUGAUGGAGGAAAGCCCAUCACCAACUAUAUACUGGAGAAGAAGGAGCCCACUGCCAAGAGGUGGUCAAGAGCAACAAGAGAACCCUUGUACCCUGCUACUCAGUAUCGAGUCCAGGACCUGGUGGAGGGGUGUGAAUAUGAAUUCCGUGUGAUGGCUGAAAAUGAGCUCGGAACCGGAGACCCGAGUGAACCCUCAAAGCCCAUUCUUGCCAAAGAUCCCAUCGUGCGCCCUAGUCCUCCAGUGACCCCCGAGGCCUACGACAAGACAAAAGAAUCUGUGAGUCUCAAAUGGCAGAAGCCGCGCCAUGACGGAAAAGGACGGAUAUUUGGCUACCUGGUCGAGUACCAGAAGCCAGGUUCCAUUGAGUGGAUUCAGGCUAAUGAACAUCCAGAGCAGUGCCCUGACCUGCACUAUGUAGUCACAGGGCUGAGUGAUGGCCAAGAGUACGCCUUCCGGAUCUACACUGUCAAUGCCGCCGGCAAAUCUGACCCAGCCUAUGUCAAACAGACUGUCAAGGUUCAUGACAGACUGGAGGCACCAGAGUUGCUGCUGGAUGCUAACAUGGUGCGUGACCAUCUGGCCAUGCUGGGCACAGACAUCACCUUGAGUGCAACGAUCAAGGGUGUGCCCACGCCCACUGUUACCUGGAAGAAAAACGAUGGCCAAAUGCCAGCUCAUAUCACUGUCGCUGUCACGUCCGCCGGUAGCAAAAUCCUCAUCCCCAAGUGCGUCCGUCCCGACUCCGGCAACUACUCUCUCACGGCGGAAAAUGCUGCCGGAAAGAAAACGGCCAUGGUUGCUGUUCUGGUUCUGAACAAACCAUCACCGCCGAGAGACCUGGCGGUCUCCGAGGUGACCAGCGAGUCCGCUUACUUGACGUGGAAAGCUCCUGAGGACAACGGCGGUGCUGUUGUCUCCCAUUACGUCGUGGAAAAGAAGGAUGUCGCCGCUGAGCAGUGGGUCCCGGUCUCCGCGUCCAACAAGAAGCGCAGUUUGAUGGCCAUGUAUCUGAUGGAAGGAAUCCAGUACCUGUUCAGAGUGGCAGCCGAAAACCAGUUUGGCAGGAGUGAUUAUGUGAUCACAAAAACUCCCAUCAAGGCUGUUGAUCCACUCUAUUCACCUGGCCCCCCAAAGUACCUACACCACACUGAUGCAGACAAGACAGAGGUGUGGUUAGAGUGGGAGUGGCCCGAUCGCAACGGGGGAAGUGAAAUCACAGGCUUCAUCGUUGAGUACCAGGAAGAGACUCAACCAGAUUGGGUUUCCUAUAAGACCGUCAGCAGUAACCAUGCGCAUGUCAGCGGUCUCGGGGAAGGCAAGACCUACCGCUUCCGGGUCAUGGCUCAGAACGCUAUUGGCAUGAGUCGUCCUGACACCAGUGUUCCCGUCACCUGUCAGGAAAAGACACUACCCCCCGCCAUUGAAGUCGAUGUGAAGCUUAUCGAGGGUAUUGUUGUGAAGGUAGGCAGCACUAUUGUACUGCCUGCCAAGAUGAAGGGGAUCCCCAUCCCCACUGCCAAGUGGAUGACAGAUGGCCAGGAAAUUACAUCAGAAGGUCACUAUAAGAUAGAAUCCACUGGAUCCACCUCCACUCUCACCAUACCAGAAUGCAAGAGAGGAGACACGGGCGAGUACAUCCUCACUGUGUCCAACCCUGCAGGCAGCAAGACUGUCGCUCUGCACGUCACUGUGCUUGAUCUUCCAGGGGCACCCGUCGGACCAAUCAACAUCUUAGAAGUAACCCCUGAUCAUAUGAUGAUACAAUGGAGGCCACCCAAGGAUGACGGUGGUACCCCCAUCACCAACUAUGUUGUUGAAAAGAAGGAUGUGAAGAAAUCUUGGGAGCCUUGGUCGGUUGUAAGUUCGAGCGGUAUCGGUACCAAAGCUAAGGUGUCACGCCUGGAGAAGGGUCGUGAGUACGUGGUUCGUAUCCGUGCCGAGAACAAGAUCGGAAUUGGUGCCGGACUUGAGAGUCCCCCGACCAUUGCCAAGCGCAUGUUCAACCCUCCCGGUCCACCGGGCCUCCCGGUGUGCUCUGAUAUCACAGAGAAUGCUGUGACAGUGGAAUGGUCCCUGCCUGACCACGACGGAGGUAGUCCUAUCAGUGGCUACGUGAUUGAACGCCGAGAGAUGACAGGGAAGUGGAUUCGUGUCAAUAAAACUCCCGUGCUGGAUCUCAGAUACAGGGUUUCUGGCCUACUUGAAGGCAACAGCUAUGAAUUCAGAGUAUUUGCUGAAAACAUUGCCGGUGUCAGUGAGCCAUCGCUCACCUCUGAUCCCAUCAAGGCGACCCGGCCCAUCACCAAGCCGGGACCUCCUGGAAAUCCUAAACUAAAGGACUGGAGCAAGUUGUAUGCGGAUAUCUGCUGGACCAAACCCACAAGAGAUGGUGGCAGCCCUAUCCUGGGCUAUGUUGUAGAGAUUCAAAAGUCAGGAUCUGCUCAGUGGGACAGGGUUAACAAGGAACUCGUCAAGAUGUGUGCCUACAGAGUACCAGGUUUCAUUGAAGGUAUGGAGUACAGGGUCCGAAUCAGAGCCACAAACAAGGUCGGAGAGAGCGAACCCCGGGAACUGAGCGAGACCAUCUUGGCGAAGGACAUUCUCGUUCCUCCAGAGGUUGUUGUUGACGUAUCGUGCCGUGACUCUCUGAGUGUAAGGGCAGGACAGAUCAUCAGUUUGAUGGCCAGAGUUAAGGGCAGACCUGACCCAGAGAUCGCCUGGACCAAGGACGCCAGAGCCUUGUCUCGAGACAAACGCACGAUGCUGAACAACAACUAUCCUCUGUGUGAAUUGGUCAUUAAUGAUGCCGUCAGGUCCGAUUAUGGUAAAUACGCCGUUGUUGCCAAAAACAGCAGCGGACAGGCACAAGCCACCAUUAUUGUCAAUGUCCUGGACACACCUGGAGCUUGCCAAAAUAUAAAGGUGGCUUAUGUGACCAAGAACUCUUGCAUGGUGUCUUGGGAGAAUCCAGAGGACAAUGGAGGCACAGAGAUCACCCAGUACAUAAUUGAGAGCCGACAACCGAGCCAGAGGGGGUGGACGGUAAUUUCCAAUGACUGUACAAAGCGUCUGAUGAAGGCCCCUCUCUCGGAGGGCUGCGAGUACUUUUUCCGCGUUAGUGCCGAAAACAAGAUCGGUGUUGGACCGCCCACAGAGACCAAGACGGCCGUUUUGGCGAUUGACCCCAUUGAGAAACCUGGUGAACCGAUCGACUUCCAUAUAGCGGAGAUUGGAAAGACCUUCUGCUUCCUCAAAUGGAAGAAGCCCGACUACGACGGCGGUAGUCGUAACCUGGGUUACCACGUGGAGAAGAAGCCAAAGGAGGCUGAAGAGUGGGAGAGACUUCAUAAAGGUGCAAUUAAAGAGACUCACUUUAUGGCUGACAGGUGCAUUGAAAACCAGGUCUACCAGUUCAGAGUUCAGACGAAAAAUGACGGCGGUGAAAGCAAAUGGGUGACCACAGCAGAAGUCGUCAUCAAGGAGCAGCUUGUAGAGCCAGAGAUCAAAAUCAAACUGGAUGGAAACCUCGUGGUAAAGGCAGGGGACUCAAUUCCCAUCGAGGCAAUGGUCAAAGGCAAACCCCAACCUGAUGUCAAAUGGACAAAGGAUGAUGGCACCGGGGAGCUCAAAAAGGGCUCCAGGCUUCAGAUCGAAACCGGUGUUGACUUCUCAAAGCUGCUUCUGACUACAGCUCGGCGUACAGACAGUGGCAAAUAUGUCGUCACUGCAGCCAACAGGGCAGGAACAUGCUCCGCGCAUGCCAAGGUCAAUGUAUUGGACAGACCCGGCCCGGUCAGUGACCUUAAGGUGUCAGGCGUUAACACUGACAGGUGCCAUUUGGCAUGGAACAUUCCAGAGGACGACGGAGGCUGCGAGAUCUAUAACUACAUCAUAGAGAAAUGUGACACCAAGAGGGGUGUCUGGUCCGUUCAUUCAAAUGCCGUCAUCACCAACAAGGCCAACGUGACUCGUCUCGUUGAGGGAAAUGAAUAUAUCUUUAGAGUUCGUGCAGAGAAUAAAAUGGGUCCUGGCCCUGCUGUGGAGAGCGAGGCCAUUGUCGCCGGCACCAAGUUUAGUGUUCCAGGAGCACCUGAGGCACCGGAGGUCACCAGAAUUUCCAAGGAGGAGAUGACAGUGCAGUGGUCAGAGCCUGACACAGAUGGAGGGAAGCCAGUCACUGGUUACAUGUUGGAAAAGAAGGAGGAGCAUGCUGUAAGGUGGUCCACCAUUAACAAGGAGGCAAUCCCAACGACGUGCUUCACCGUAACAGGAUUGCUGCCCCUGCACGAAUACCAAUACAGAGUGAAAGCUGUCAAUGAAAUUGGAGUCGGCAGUGCAAGCAAACCCUCGCGUGCCAUCUUGGCAAAGGAUGCAAUCGAGCCUCCUGCACCACCCACCAACUUGAAGGUCUUGGACAGCACCAAGUCCACUGUAACUCUAGGAUGGACCAAGCCUGUGUCCGAUGGUGGAGCGCCCAUCAUUGGCUACGUUGUUGAGAUGAGGGUGAAGGGAAGUCCCAAGAAAGGAGAUGAUAGUUGGAAACGCUGCAACGUGGCUGCUCAGCUUGUCUUUUGUGAGUUCACAGUCACGAGUCUUGACGAGAAACUUCUGUAUGACUUCAGAGUGUCAGCUCAGAACCAGGUGGGCAUGAGUCUGCCUUGUGACCUGGGAACAGCUGUGAAUCCCAAGGAGAUACUUGAGGCACCAGAAAUCGACUUAGAUGCCAACUUAAGACAGGGACUAACAGUGAGAGCUGGGUGUCCCAUCAGACUGUGCGCGACCAUCAGAGGAAGACCUCCUCCCAAAGUCACUUGGAGGCGGAUGGGCAUUGAUAAUGUAGUCAGGAAGGGUCACGUCGACAUCAUCGACACGAUGACCUUCUUGGUCAUUCCGGAUAGCACGCGGGAUGACUCUGGCAAAUACUGUUUGACUGUGCAGAGUCAAGCUGGAGAAAAAGCUGUGUUCGUCAGCGUCAAGGUCCUCGACACCCCAGGACCUGUGAUGAGUCUGGAGGGCUCUGACAUCAGACAGACAUCAGCAAUGCUGUCGUGGAACCCUCCAGAGAUCGACGGCGGCAGUGAGAUCACUCACUAUAUCGUCGAGAAGCGUGAAAUUGAUCGCAAGACGUGGGCGACAGUCAAGGCCGAAGUGGAGAAAGACAAGGUUCCCUUUAAGGUCAGCAGUCUCGUGCCAGGCACAGAGUACUACUUCAGAGUGACUGCUGUCAACGAGUAUGGUUCAGGAGUUCCCCGGGUGUCACCCACUUCCUACUUAGCCUCGGAUCCUGUCAACAAACCUGAUCCGUGUGAGAAGAUUGAAAUUCUUGAGAUCACAAAGAACAGUGCCACAAUUGGCUGGGUGAAGCCCGCAAGGGAUGGCGGGGCAAAGAUUGAUGGUUACGUGAUUGAGUAUAUCGAAGUCAAACCUCCUCCACAACCCCCAGCACCAGUGGAGACCCCAGAACAAGGGACUUCAGUAAUGAAAGUGGAGGCCAAGGAGCCUGAGAAGGAGGUGUGGAAUGCCUAUACCACUGUGAAGGGACUGAGCAUCAGCAUCAGUGGUCUGAAAGAGGGCAAGAGGUACAAGUUCAGAGUGGCCGCCAAGAACAUCAUGGGUUUGAGCUUAUUCACAGAGACCAGGGAGCCAACUGAGAUCAAGGAACAAAUGUUGGAGCCAAAGAUUGUCAUGCCAGACAUUGUCAGUGAAAGAGCUGGAGCCAAACUCCGAGUUGAAGCUGUCAUUUCUGGAAAACCUUCUCCAACCUGCAAGUGGAUUUGUGGCGACGUGCCACUGGUCUCCUCAAGCCGUCUGGCCAUGCACCAUUCUGGCAAUUUGUGUGUCUUGAUUAUAAAGGAUGUCUCAAGGACAGACAGCGGAGACUACAGCCUUGUGGCUGAAAACAGCUCUGCAAAGACGGUCCAGUCUCUCAAUAUUAUCAUCAGAGAUAUUCCUGGACCUCCUGCGGGUCCCGUGGAGAUCAGUGACAUUGACUCGGAUGCCUGCUCUCUGUCUUGGAGCCAACCGCUGGAGGACGGCGGCAGCAAAAUCACAAAUUACGUGGUGGAGAAAUGCGAUGUCAGUCGAGGUGACUGGGUUAACGCUGUGUCCUCCGGCCAGAAGACAAGCUGUAGGCUGGGCAAACUCGUUCCCGGGAAAGUGUACAUGUUCCGCAUCCGGGCUGAGAACCGCUACGGCGUGUCGGACCCUAUGCAAUCUGAUAGGAUGAUUGCCAAGUUUCCUUUUGAUGUUCCCAGUGAACCUCUUAAGUGUCACAUAAACAAGACUAACAAGGACUGCAUGUUUGUGGCCUGGGAUAAGCCUGAGAGUGACGGUGGCAGCCCCAUCACAGGUUACUACAUUGAGCGUAAAGAAAGGAACAGCCUUCUCUGGGUGAAAGCCAAUGACACUGUCGUACGCACCACCGAGUACCCCUGUGCCGGCCUGAUUGAGGGCCUCGAGUAUACCUUUAGGGUCUCAGCCAUCAAUCGUGCUGGUCAGGGCAAGCCAAGCACAAAGACUGAUUUUGUAACUGCCAGAACACCCAUUGACACCCCUGGGAAACCAGAAGUUGUGGACAUGACCAAGAACUCGGUAACGCUCGUUUGGGGCCGGCCCAAGAACGACGGUGGCAGCAAGAUCAUCGGCUACUAUGUCGAGGCCAUGCGUGUGCCUGGAGACGCAUGGGUGCGUUGCAACACUGUUUGCCAGAAUGUCCCCAGGGAGGAGUACACUGCGACUGGCCUGGAGCGAGACGUACAGUACCAGUUCAGAGUCAUUGCCAAAACAGCCGUCAACAUUAGCAAACCCUCAGAGCCCACAGACCCGAUACUGGUCUGUGCUGAGAACGUGCCUCCGAGGGUAGAACUUAAUCCCAGGAUGCAGAAAGGCUUGAAGGUGAAGGCCGGGGCCUCGGUUCUCCUUGAGGCUGAGGUGUUUGGUAAACCGAUGCCCAAAGUCACAUGGAAGAGAGGCGAUGAUAGUCUGAGGUCAAGUCAAGGGCAAGUCAUCACCCAACAGAGAAACCAUUUCCAAAUGGAGAUGCUCUCAGUCACCAGGGAGGACACUGGGGUCUACACCAUUCUUGCAGAGAAUGCCAGUGGCUCCAAGACCGCUGACAUCCAUGUUACCGUUUUGGAUGUGCCUGGUCCACCCGCCAGUUCCAAAUACAUUGAAGUGUUUGCUAAUAGCAUAAAAUUGUCCUGGGAGCCGCCGCUGAAGGAUGGUGGAGCCCCGGUUACCAAUUAUAUUUUGGACAAGCGUGAGACCAGCCGGGCAACUUGGGCUCUGGUCACCUCAAAGAUCAAGGGUGAAGAUCUUGAACUAAAUGUGCAGAGGCUGAUCGAGGGUCAUGAAUACCAGUUCCGAAUCCGUGCUGAGAACACGUGGGGAGUUGGAGACAGUCUCAUAACUGCCCCUAUCAUUGCCAAGAACCCAUUCACUGUUCCUGGACAGUGUGAGGCCCCAGUGAUUACCAACGUCACCAAGGAUGCAAUGACAGUGAGCUGGAAGGAGCCAACCGAUGACGGAAAGUCCGCCAUUCUGGGUUACAUGCUCGAGAAGAAGGAAACCAAAGAGAUGAACUGGACCAAGAUGAACAGGAAACCCUUAAUGGAACGGACUUUAGAUGCCACAAGCCUUAGCGAGGGAGUGGAAUAUGAAUUCAGAGUCAUUGCUGUUAAUUUGGCAGGACUUGGAAAACCCAGUGAGCCCUCAGAUGCUGCCACUGCACAAAAUCCCAUCACUCCCCCGGGCCCUGUACUCGACCCACGUGUGAGUGACACCACCUACAGCACCCUAAGCCUCAGCUGGAAGGCUCCGGCCAACAAUGGUGGAAGUCAGAUCUUGGGAUAUCUGGUGGAGUGCAAGAGGACAGAUACGGCAGAUUGGAUCCGAUGCAAUGUUCCCAAGAACUUGCAGGACACCAACUACACCAUACAAAACCUUAUGCACAAGGCUGAGUACCAGUGUCGUGUCACCGCUGCCAAUAAGGUCGGCUUCGGUGAACCGGUUGAAGUGCCUGGCAAGCACAUCGCAAAGGACAUCAUAGUACCCCCGGAGGCGGAGCUGAGUGCUGAGUUGAAGGAGGGCCUGGAACUGCGAGCUGGCGCCACCAUGAAGCUUCAUGCCACAAUCAAGGGUCACCCCGUGCCCAAGGUCAUAUGGGCCAAGAUGAACACCAACAUCAAGGAUCGCCAAGGCAUUGUCAUCAAGUCCACAAAAAGUGACACCACUGUGGUGGUGGAGAAUGUCAACAGAUAUGAUGCAGGCAAAUACAUUCUCAACCUGGAGAGUGUGGCCGGUAUGAAGAUGUACACCGUCAUCGUCAAGGUGCUCGACACUCCUGGGCCACCAAUUAACCUGGUGGUAAAAGAGACCACAAAGGACAGUGCCUCCAUCUACUGGGAUGCUCCUCUUCUAGACGGGGGCUAUGAAGUCACCCACUAUAUUGUGGAAAAGCGAGACACUGAGAGGAAGGCCUGGUCUACGGUCUCCAACAAUUGUACCAAGACAACUUUGAAGGUGUCAGACUUGAAUGCCGGACGCUACUACUAUUUCCGAGUGUCAGCCGUCAAUCUGCUCGGCGCCGGAGAGUGCUGCGAGACCCCCGACUCGGUCAGAGCAUCUGAGGAGCCUGGUCCUGUCAUUGACUUCAAGACCUUGCUGGUUACCAAGGACUCUUGUACGCUCAGCUGGAGGAAACCUCUGACUGAUGGCGGCAGCCGCAUUAUCUGCUAUGUGCUCGGGGUUCUCAAUGGCGACGACAAGUACAAGGAGUUGAUGAGGUCUAAGAACAUGCAGUACAGCGCCAAGGAUCUGGUCGAAGGCAAAGAGUACAAGUACAGCGUCAAAGCUGUGAAUGACACUGGGGAGAGUGCCACCAAGGAGCUGACAGUAGUUGCCAAGGACCAACUCAUUCAUCCUACUUGCGACUUGAGGGAACUUCCCGACAUGUGUUACGUGGCCAAAGAGGGCAGCACGGUGCGUCUGAAGAUUCCAAUCAUGGGCAAACCAACGCCCAAGGUGUCAUGGAAGAAGGGGGAGGAUGAAGACUUGACAGACACGGGACGUGUUUGUGCAGAAUCUUCGAGCGUCAACACCACUCUCCUGAUAAGGGAUUGCCGAAGAAGUGACGCCUCAAAAUACACAAUCACCCUGAGGAAUAGCGCUGGCAGCAAAGAGUCUAGCAUUUUCAUCAGGGUGGUGGGAAAGCCUGGCAUCCCCGUAGGACCCAUCAAAUUCAAGGAUAUAACUGCAGACGGAGCCACACUGAAGUGGGUGGCGCCAAAAGACGAUGGGGGCUCAGACAUCACAAAUUACAUUCUAGAGAAGAGAGACUCGGUCACCAAUAUGUGGGUGACUGUCUCUUCUCUGGUGGAAAAGAGCACCAUGAGGGUGACUGGUCUCCAUGAGGGCACGGAAUAUAUUUUCAGAGUGUGUGCUGAAAACAAGUAUGGCGUUGGAGAGGGGCUUAAGUCGGAACCUGUGAUUGCAAAACAUCCAUUCAACGUUCCCGACGCUCCUCCUCCACCUCAGGUCAUGAGUAUGCGCCAUGACUCUGCUUACCUUGCCUGGUCUGACCCCAGGAAGACUGGAGGAUCUCCCAUCACAGGGUAUCACGCCGAGUUCAAGGAGAGGAAUAGUAUGUUGUGGAAGAGGGCAAGCCCAACGGCCUUGAGAAUGAAGGAGCACAAGGUGACCGGGCUGACCGAAGGCCUCGAGUACGAGUUCAGGGUAAUGGCCAUUAACUUGGCUGGCAUUGGCAGACCGAGUCCUCCCACUGAUCCACGAGUUGCCCUUGAUCCAAUUGAUGCUCCAGGCAAACCAGACGUAAUCAGCGUCACCAGGAGCACCGUGACUCUUCGGUGGGCUGAGCCACAGUUUGAUGGCGGCCAUAGGCUGACGGGUUACAUUGUGGAGAGACGUGAUCUCCCCUCUAAGAUCUGGGUGAAGGCCAACAGCGUGAACGUUGCAGAGCCCGCAUACACGGUCACUGAUCUCCAGGAGGGCUGCAAAUAUGAGUUCAGAAUACGAGCAAAGAACGCAGCCGGUGCCCUGAGUCCGCCGUCCGAACAGACGGAUACUAUUAUCUGCGUGGAUGAAUACGCUUCACCAACCAUUACCAUCGAUGCACAGGUGAUGGAGGCCGGUGUGACCGUCAGAGCUGGGGAAACCAUUGUGGUCACCGCCACGAGUAUUCUCGGCAAGCCCGCUCCGACCUCUUGCUGGUCGAAAGGAGGAAAGUACCUGAAGCCCUCAGACAUAGUCAAUAUUGAGACCACCGCAUCCUCCUCCACCCUGUCAAUAAAAUACGCCACAAGGAAGGACUCCGGGGACUACAUCAUCACUGCAAGCAAUCCCUUUGGGGUGAAGGAGGAAACGGUUAAGGUUAAGGUUCUGGAUGUUCCAGCUGCUCCCGGUCCCAUCGAAUGCAGCAGUGUCUCGUCCGAGAAGGUCAUCUUGACGUGGACAGCGUCUCCAGAAGACGGAGGGUCUCCUAUCAAGUACUACACACUAGAGAAGAGGGAAACCAGUCGCCUUCUCUGGACAGUUCUGGAAGAGAAGGUCGUCGACUGUCAUUAUGUGGCCACCAAACUCAUCCAGGACAAUGAGUAUAUCUUUAGAGUUUCUGCUGUGAACCAGUACGGCAGCAGUGAGCCAGCUCACUCUCAGCCUGUCAAGAUGGUCGAUAGAUUUGGUCCUCCUGGUCCACCAUCAAAACCAGAAGUUGACAAAGUGGAUGGGCACUCAGCGACAGUGACGUGGAGAAGACCCACUGAAGACGGUGGAAGCGAUAUCAUCGGCUACUGUGUCGAGAAGAAGGAGAAAAGGGCCAUGAGGUGGAUCAGGGCCUCUAAAAAAUCUGUCGUUGACCUCAGCUAUGAGGUCACUGGACUGACCGAAGGCUUACAGUACGAGUUCCGUGUUGUUGCUGAGAACAAAGCUGGCUUUGGAGAGCCAAGUGAACCAUCAAUGCCAGUCACAACAGUCAUUGCUACCUAUGUCCCUGGACCGCCAGUAAAUCCAAGGGCUACAGACACUACCAAGACCACUGCCACUCUCAACUGGGGGAAACCCCUGGAUAACGGCGGUCUCAACAUCACUGGCUAUGUAAUCGAGCAUAGAAAGGAAGGAACAGAGGAGUGGGUUAAGGACACGCCAUCGUCUACGCUGAAAAUCACAGAGUUUGUUGUUCCUGGGCUUGAAAAUGCAAGCAAGUACCACUUCAGAAUUAGUGCAGUAAAUGCUAAGGGCACAGGUGAACCCACAGAAACUCAGGAACUGGUUGAGGUAGUGGAGCGUGCAGCUGAACCUGAUUUGGAACUGGACAUGGAACUAAGGAGAACUCUUGUUGUCAGGGCUGGUUGCUCCAUUCGCCUCUUUGUGCCCAUCAAAGGGCGCCCUACACCGACAGUCACCUGGACCAAGGAGGGCAGUCCUGUGCCACGUGCUGUCAUUGACAGUACUGAGUCAUUUACAAUGUUGGUCAUUCCAGAAAGUGCAAGGAAUGAUGGCGGUAAAUAUGAGCUUACCCUCGAAAAUGCCGCUGGAAAAAAGACAGCAAAUAUUCAUGUGAGAGUUCUGGAUUCACCUGGGCCUCCUCUCAACCUGAAACCAGUCCAAAUCGAUAAAGAAUCAAUUGUCCUUUGGUGGGAGAUGCCUCUCAUUGAUGGUGGCGCCAAGAUCACAAACUACAUUGUUGAGAAGAGGGAAUCAACUCGUAAGGCUUUUGCCACUGUUGUCACGACCUGUCCGACGACUUCAGUCAAAAUUAGUGAUCUGUGCGAAGGCUGCGAGUACUACUUCAGAGUGUCUGCCGAGAACGAGUUUGGUGUCGGCGAAGCGGUCGAAACGCCCGACCCCCUCCGUGCCUCCCAGGCCCCAAGUGCUCCGGAAAGCGUAAUUCCAACUGAUGUCACCAAGAACUCUGUGAGUCUGGCUUGGACCAAACCCAAGCACGACGGUGGAAGCAGGCUGACCGGAUAUGUCCUCGAAGCCCAGAAGAGAGGAACUGAUCAAUGGGCCCACGUAACAAGCCUCAAGAACAUGGACUUCACUGUGAGGAAUCUCAAUGAGAAUGAAGAGUACACCUUCCGCGUGAUGGCAGUCAACCAAUCGGGAAGAAGUGCCCCACGGGAGAGCAAGUCUAUUGUUGUCAAGGAGUCGACCUCCCUGCCAGAGUUUGAUCUGCGCAGUGUAUGUCAGUCAACCGUAAUCGCAAAAGCUGGAGACGACAUCAAGGUUGAAAUUCCCACAAUGGGCCGUCCCAGGCCAGUGGUCACUUGGCAGAAGGACGGCACCGCCUUGAAGCUCACCCAGAGGAUUAACGUGGAGACGACUGCUGCAACUGUCAUCCUCGCCAUCAAUGAAUGUGCCCGAGCAGACAGCGGAGUGUAUACCAUGACAGGAAAGAACAUAGUUGGCAGUGUGGUGGAAAACAUCUUUGUCAAAGUCCACGAUGUUCCGGGGCCACCCAAAGGGCCAAUUACAAUCAACGAAAUUUCUCGUAACUACUGCAUCUUUGCAUGGGACGCUCCAGAGAAUGACGGGGGUGUUCCAAUUACUAAUUACGUGGUUGAGAUCAGAGACACCACCACGCAGACUUGGACAGAACUAACUUCCACUGCUAUUCGUACUAUGUUUAAAGCCAACCGUUUGACGACUGGCUCAGAGUACCAGUUCAGGGUUAAGGCGAAGAAUCGGUAUGGCGUAGGACCUCCCAUAACCUCAGAAUCAGUAGUGGCUGCCUAUCCGUUCAAAGUUCCCGGACCACCGGGCACACCCCAUGUGGUGGCGUUCACCAAAGACUCCAUAACAAUUGGCUGGAAUGAACCCGUUUCUGAUGGUGGCAAUGAAGUCAUCGGGUACCACAUUGAGAGGAAAGAACGAAGCAGCAUUAUGUGGCAAAAAAUCAGCAAAGGUCUGGUGAAAGGAAACGUACUGAAAUCGACAGGCCUUGAUGAUGGAGCCGCCUAUGAGUUCCGCGUUAUGGCAGAGAACAUGGCUGGAAUCGGCAAGCCCAGCAAAGCUUCCGAAGCAAUAAUGGCCUUGGACCCUGUGGAUCCCCCAGGUCAGCCUAUGCCUGUUUUUAUUUCCAAAAAUGUCAUCACCAUCAAGUGGUCAAAGCCCAACUAUGACGGCGGGUUCAAAAUUACUGGCUACACAGUGGAGAAGAGAGAACUCCCCGCCGGUCGCUGGAUCAGAGCAAACUUCACGAACAUCAUUGAGACAGCAUUCACCGUCAGUGGAUUGACACAAGAUGCAUCUUAUGAGUUCCGUGUCAUGGCCAGAAACUCAGCAGGAGCUGUAAGUGCACCGUCUGAGCCCUCGGACCCUAUUACAUGCAAGGACAGCAUCGUUGAGCCACGCAUCAUGGUGGACGCCAUCUUUAAGGAUGUGCUUUUGCUGAAGGCAGGAGAGUCCUUCAAGCUUGAAGCAGACAUUGCAGGCCAACCAACCCCAUCCAUGGUUUGGACCAAGAAUGAGAAAGAGGUUGAGAACACACUGAAACUGGACGUGAAGUUCAAUGAACUGACAACUAUACUGAGCAACAAAGAUUCCAUCAGAUCGGACGGAGGCGAAUUUGUUCUGACUGCCACAAAUGUAGGUGGAUUUUGCAAGCACAUCUUUAGAGUGAAAGUACUGGACAGACCCGGCCCACCAGUCGGACCUCUUCGGGUAUCGAAUGUCACGGCUGACAACUGCUUCCUAACGUGGGCCCCGCCUCUCGAUGACGGCGGUGCAAAGAUUGAAGGAUACGUCAUUGAGAAGCGGGAAUCUAGCAGACUUGUCUGGACCAAUGUUUCCUCAGACAUCCAGGUUACGGAAUACAAGGUGACAAAGCUUCUAAAAGGAAACGAGUACAUCUUCAGAGUGAUGGCGGUGAACAAAUACGGCAAUGGCGAACCUCUCGAUUCUGAGCCCAUUAUUGCCGACAACCCAUACACGGUUCCGGAUGUGCCUCAGAAUCCCCAGGUCACCGCUGUCACCAAAGAUUCAAUGGUCAUUAUGUGGCAGGUGCCAAAGAGUGAUGGUGGGACACCAAUCACAAAUUACAUCGUUGAGAGGAAAGACCGGGCAGGCCUCCGCUGGGUCAAGUGCAACAAGAAGAAGGUCAAAGAUCUGCAAUUCAAGGCAACAGGUCUUAUUGUUGGACACGAAUAUGAAUUUAGGAUUAUUGCAGAGAAUGCUGCUGGCCUCAGUGCCCCAAGCCUUUCCAGUCCAUUCUACAAGGCCAGUGACGCAUUGUACAAACCUGGGCCUCCGUGCAACCCCAGGAUCCUGGACACGACCAGGUCAUCUGUUACUGUGGCCUGGAACAAACCAUCCUAUGAUGGUGGCUCUGACAUCACCGGUUACAUUGUUGAGGACUGCAUCACAUCUGACAAGGAGGAGGAAGAGGAGGAGUGGACAAUUGUGACCCCCAAGGAAGGACUACUUGCAACCUCCUUCACCAUUGUCAACCUAACUGAGGGUCGGGAGUAUAAAAUCAAAAUCUCGGCUGUAAAUGGGGAGGGAAUUGGGGAACCUACAUCCAUACCUGGCAACGCCAAGGCUGAGGACAGACUCCUGCCCCCAGACCUCGAUUUGGACGCAGAACUUUGCAAGGUGAUCACCCUCCGAGCUUGCUGCACACUUAGACUGUUUGUUCCGAUCAGAGGCAGACCCCCUCCCCAGGCUAAUUGGACCAAAGAGGAUGGCCAACCCAUCGAGAGAGCCACUAUUGACACCACGACAUCCUACACAUCCCUUGUCAUUGGAAAUGUCAAUAGAUUUGACACUGGAAAGUAUCACCUCACAAUUGAGAACAGCUGCGGUUCCAAGACAGUCACGGUCCAGGUCAGGGUGCUCGACACGCCAAGUGCGCCACAGAAUCUAAAGAUUGACGCUGUAACAAAACAGUCUGUCACUCUCACUUGGGAUCCGCCAUCAAACGAUGGUGGAUCUAAGGUUAAGAACUACAUUGUUGAAAAGCGCGAGUCCACAAGAAAGGCUUACGCUACGGUCAGCACCAUGUGCCAUCACACCACCUUUACUGUCGAGCCGCUCCUCGAAGGAUGCAACUAUUACUUCAGAGUUUUGGCAGAGAACGAAUAUGGCAUCGGUCUGCCAGUUGAGACUGGCGAGUCCGUUAAAGUGUCUGAGAAGCCCCAACCCCCUGGUAAAAUCAGUCUGAAAGAUGUUACUAAGAAUAGUGUCACACUGUCGUGGGAAAAGCCAGAGCACGACGGCGGAAGCAGAGUCGGGUGCUAUGUUGUAGAGGUCCAACCCAAAGGCGUAGAUAAAUGGACACAGGCGGUGAUCGUGAAAGAAACGGAAGCUUGCGUCGGCGGCCUCAAUGCAGGUGAAGAAUACAUGUUCCGUGUAGCAGCGAGAAACGAGAAAGGAACAAGUGACCCUCGUCAAAUUGGCGUCCCUGUCAUUGUGAAAGAUCUCGUCAUUUCACCCGUCGUCAAAAUGUUGUUCAACACGUUCAGCGUGUUGGCAGGUGAGGAUCUGACAGUCGAGGUUCCGUACGUCGCCCGUCCCAAAGCGGCCGUCUCCUGGCUCAAAGACGGCCAGCCGCUUAAGAGAACAACCAGAGUCAACUUUGGUGCAACAGAAGCAAUGUUAAACCUAAGCAUAAAAGAGGCUUCCAAAGAUGACUUUGGACAUUAUCACGUUACCGUUGGCAACACAGCGGGGGAGGCAACGGCAGACAUCGGCAUUGUCGUACUGGACAAACCUGGUCAGCCCGGUGGUCCAGUUAAGGUUGAGGAGGUCACUUCUGACAGUGUGACUCUUUGCUGGAACCCGCCAGAGUAUGACGGCGGUUGCACAAUCAAAAACUACAUUGUGGAAAAGAGAGACACGUCCACAACUAACUGGACGAUGGUGUCCCCAAAGCUCGCAAGGACCAAAGUUAAAGCAGCCCGACUGAAAAGUGGCGCCGAAUAUCAAUUUAGAAUCACAGCGGAAAACCGAUACGGGAAAGGUCCGGCGCUCUUGUCAGAGUCUAUUGUAGCCCAAUAUCCGUACAAGCUCCCAGGACCACCAGCGACACCCUCCAUUGCAAUGUGCACAAAGGACAGCAUGACUGUGACAUGGAAUGAGCCUGUAAAUGACGGAGGUAGCGCCAUCUUGGGCUACCAUCUGGAGCGCAAGGAAAGGACCAGCAUCCUCUGGGUCAAACUGAACAAGUCACUUAUUACAGACCAGUCGUUCAAGACCACAGGCUUGGAACCACUAAUGGAAUACGAGUACAGAGUUUAUGCUGAAAACAUUGUUGGCAUUGGCAAAGCCAGCAAAGUGUCAGAAGGUCAUGUCGCCAGAGAUCCUUGUGACCCUCCAGGUACACCUGAGGCAACCAGGAUUACCAGGGAUUUGGUUCACAUCACAUGGACCAAGCCAGCGUAUGACGGCGGCGCCAAGAUCACAGGCUACACGGUGGAAAAAAAAGAGCUCCCCGAAGGCCGCUGGUCGAAGGCAAACUUCACGAAUGUCAUCGAGACGGAAUAUGUUGCAACUGGACUGGUGCAGGAUAACCAGUAUGAGUUCCGCAUUAUUGCAAGAAAUGCUUCUGGUGUUUUCAGUCUCCCCUCUUACAGCACUGGGCCCAUCACUGCAAGGGAUGAGAUUGAGCCCCCUCGUAUCAGCAUUGAUCUCGAGUACGCGCAGACGAUCGCGGUCAAAGCAGGAGACCAUUUUAAGAUUGACGCAGACGUCCAUGGCAAACCAGCGCCCUCUAUCACUUGGCUGAAAGGAGAGCAGGAAAUUGGAAGCACAAUACACAGAGAGGUUAAGAACACAGCAACCCACGCCUGUGUCACUGUCAAGGAAGCAAAACUCGCCGACGGAGGUGCCUAUACUCUGCUGUUGAAAAAUCCAGGAGGAGAAAAGUCCGUACAGGUGAAUGUGGUCAUUUUGGAUAAACCUGGAGAACCACAGGGACCUCUUACUGUAACAGAUAUAACAAAAGACCAAUGUUGCCUUUCAUGGAAAGCACCGAUACAAGACGGCGGUAGCAAAAUAUCGCACUACGUCGUCGAGAGGAGAGAAACAAGUAGACUCGUUUGGACUGUCGUGGAUCCAAAAGUGCCGAACACCUGCCACAAGGUUACAAAACUUCUGGAAGGGAAUGAAUACAUCUUCAGAGUCCAUGCUGUAAACGAGUAUGGUAGUGGUGUUCCGCUUGCAUCUGAACCGGUGAUGAUUGCAGAUCCUUACACAAUCCCUGGUUCACCCAAAAGCUUAGAGGUUGCAGAAGUGAAAAAGGAUUCAAUGGUGCUCACAUGGGAGGGUCCCAGUGAGAAUGGAGGCAGUCCUAUCACCACAUAUAUCAUUGAAAAGCAUGAUAAAGAAGGUGUACGGUGGACUCGAUGCAACAGGCAAGCUGUGUUGGAUUUGACAUUCAAGGCCACGGGUCUUCUGGAAAGCCACAGUUAUGAAUUCAGGGUUGCAGCAGAGAAUUCUGUGGGCAUCGGUGAGCCUACGUCGCCAACGGUAUUCUACAAAGCCCUCGAUCCGGUCUUCAGGCCUGGCCCGCCACAGAACCCUCGAGUUACAGACACAACGAGAUCAUCGAUAUUCCUGUCGUGGAACAAACCUAUCUGUGACGGUGGAUCGGAGAUACAGGGAUACAUCAUUGAGUACUGCAUUGCCACAGAGCGAGUCGCAGGUGGUGAGGCUCAGACUGAAGCCCCAGCUGCUGAGGUGCCUGCGGAAGGUUGGAUCAUGUGCACGCCGCCAACAGGUGUCAAGAAGACCAAAUUUGAGGUUGUAAACCUGAAAGAAAAUCAGGCUUAUAAAUUUAGAGUGUGUGCGAGCAACAAGGUCGGGGUUGGCGAACAUGCCGACGUUCCCGGGAUGGUCGUUGCCCAAGACAGAGCAGAUGAACCGGACCUUGACAUCGACCCAGAACUGAGAAAGAUUGUCACGAUUAAGGCGGGACUUUCACUUCGACUCUUUAUUCCAAUCAAGGGAAGACCCACGCCCAGUAUCAAGUGGGACAAAGAUGAUGCUCCACUCAAGGAGAAGGCUCAAGUUGAAGUCACCAGCAGUUACACAGCCCUUGUAAUUGACCAGAUGAGCAGAGCUGAUAGCGGGAAAUACACGAUCACUGCAGAGAAUUCCAGUGGAACCAAAUCUGCAUUUGUCGUCGUCCGGGUUCUUGAUACACCGAGCGCCCCUAUUAAUCUGACGGUGAAAGAAAUUACAAACCAAGCCGUGACACUUGCCUGGGAAGUACCUCUUUUAGACGGUGGUUCCAAAAUCAAAAACUAUAUUGUGGAAAAAAGGGAGAGCACCCGCAAAACGUAUGCUGCCGUGGUCACAAAUUGCCAUGCUCUUUCGUGGAAGAUUGAGCCACUCCAGGAGGGUUGCAGUUAUUACUUUAGAGUCCUUGCUGAGAAUGCACACGGUAUCGGUCUACCUGCAGUAACAGUCGAUCCGCUUAAGGUCUCAGAGGUGCCACAGGCUCCCAGGAGCUUGACUGUUACCGAUCAAACAAAUACAAGCAUCUCUUUAGCCUGGGAACAUCCGGAAUACGAUGGCGGCAGCAGAGUCAUCCAGUACUUGCUCGAGGUACAGCUUAAGGGACAGGAGAAGUGGUCUCGUGUCAACACGUACAAAACAAUGGAGACGACCGUUUCCAAUCUCAACCCAGGGGAGGAAUAUCUGUUCCGAGUUACAGCAAUAAAUGACAAGGGCAAAAGUGACCCCAGAGUCCUCUCUAGCCACGUCGUGACAAAGAACUUGACGUUUGAGCCCGAUGUGCGCCCUACCUUUAGCAGCUACAGCGUCCAUGUCGGUAAAGACCUAAAGGUUGAAGUGCCAAUCUUUGGACGCCCCAAACCAACAAUAGCGUGGACCAAAGAUGGAGCGCCUUUGAACUUCACUAGCAGAGUGAACAUUCAGAACACUCAGACUCAAACAAUUCUGAGCAUUAAGGAGGCGGCUGGUGACGAUGGAGGCAUGUACAGCGUUCAUGCCGCUAACUCUGCCGGAAAGAAAGAAGCCACCGUUGAAGUCAUAGUACUUGACAAGCCUGGGCCCCCAACUGGCCCAGUGAGAUUUGAUGAGAUUACAACACAGAGCGUGACUAUAUCAUGGGAUCCACCAAAACACAAUGGUGGUUGUCAGAUUUCAAACUACAUCGUGCAGAAGAGAGAGACCGUAACAACAACUUGGGAAAACGUCAACAAUAACUGUGCCAGAACCACAAUCAAAGUGCCAAGACUGAAGACUGGAGCCGAGUACCAGUUCAGAAUCAUUGCUCAGAACCGGUACGGAAAGAGUCACGGCCUCGAUUCCUCUGCUGUUGUUGCUCAAUACCCGUACAGAGAACCGGGCCCACCGGGCACGCCGUUCAUCUCUUCGCUCUCAAGAGAUCACCAGAUUGUGGAGUGGCACGAGCCCAUCUCGGACGGAGGCAGUCCGGUCCUCGGCUAUCAUCUUGAAAGAAAAGAGAGGAAUAGUAUUCUGUGGGUCAAAAUCAACAAGACACUCAUUUGUGAGACUUAUUACAAGAGCUAUCCCUUAGAGGAAGGCAUAGAGUACGAAUACCGGGUGUACGCUGAAAAUAUUGUAGGCACGGGACGGUCCAGUAAGGUUUCAGAGGGUUGCGUGGCCAGAGAUCCAUGUGAUCCUCCUGGUACGCCAGAAGCUAUCCAUGUGACCAAAGAUGCCAUUGUUAUCCAGUGGACCAAACCAGAAUACGACGGUGGCAGUAAUAUAACCGGCUACCUCGUGGAAAGGCGUGAUUUGCCAGAAGGCCGUUGGGUGAGGGCAAACUUCACUAAUGUGAUUGAGACCCAGUUCACUGCCACUGGCCUCACAGAAAAUUCCCAGUACGAGUUUAGAGUCAUAGCCAAAAAUGCCGUCGGCACUGUCAGCAAGCCAUCGUACAGCAGCGGACCAGUCACCGCCAGCGACAGGAUCGAGGCGCCCAACUUCUCUGUUGACCCUGCGUUCACCAAGACCAUUGUCAUCAAUGCUGGGGAGACAUUCAAACUGGACGCAGAUGUUCGUGGCAAACCACUGCCAGCAAUGCAGUGGUUCAAGGAUGAUGUUUCAAUUGAGAAUACACUCAGAAUUGCCUUGAAAAACACAGAAACCCACGCUAUGGCAGUCAUUAAAGAUUCUGUGAGAACAGACGGCGGAAUGUACACGCUACGGCUAGCAAACGAAGCGGGCACUGAAACCGUGCCGUUCAGAGUGUUGGUCUUGGACAGACCGAGCCCCUGCGAAGGACCCCUUCACGUCGCCGGGGUAGCUGAGGAUAGAUGCUCAUUAGUGUGGCACGCUCCUUUACACGACGGAGGAAGCCCCAUCACGCAUUACAUCAUUGAAAGAAGAGAGACGAGCCGUCUAGCUUGGACUGUUGUUUCUUCUAGCUGCACUAGCACGUGUUACAAAGUCACCAACUUGUUGGAAGGCAGUGAGUACAUGUUCCGUGUUAUGGCGGUCAACAGUUACGGCACUAGCAGCCCACUGGAAUCUGGCGCGGCCAUCAUGAAGAUUCCUUUUGUUCUUCCUGGUCCACCUCACAUUGAGGAUGUGACCAACAUUACUCAUGAUGGGAUGAGUGUUACUUGGACUUCCCCGGAGUCUGACGGUGGCAGUGAAAUUUUAAGUUACGUUGUUGAAAAGAAGGAUCGAGCGGGAGUGAAAUGGACCAGAUGCAACAGACAGAAAAUCACCGACCUUUCCUUCAGAGUCACUGGGCUAACCACCGGCCACGAGUACGAGUUCAGAGUGGCUGCUGAGAAUGUUGUCGGCUUGGGAGAGCCCAGUCUGCCCAGCUCUUACUACAAGGCAUGCGACCCCAAGUACAAACCCGGGUCCCCUGCAUAUGUCAACGUCGUCGAUUCGACACAGAGCUCAAUCACUGUGUCGUGGGGCAAGCCGCUGUCUGACGGCGGUAGCGCCAUUCAAGGAUAUAUUGUUGAAGUCUGCAAGGCUGAGGAAGAAGAAUGGACCAUGGUUACACCCCCCACUGGCUUGCGUGUCAGCAAAUAUGAGAUUCACAAACUGACAGAGGGUCAGGAGUAUAAAAUCCAGGUGUGCGCUCUGAACAAAGUCGGAGUUGGCGAGCCAGCCGUUCUCUCGGGAACCGCGAAACCAGAAGAAAGGCAUGAACCCCCACAGAUCCACUUGGAUUCUGAAUUGAGGAAGGGCAUAUCCGUGAAGGCCGGUGGAUCGGUUAGGAUCCAUGUCCCAUUCAAGGGCAGGCCGACACCCGAGAUUAAGUGGCUGAAGGGUGACGCAAACCUGAGUGAAAAGGCAUUGGUCGAAAAGAGUCUGACCUUCACACAACUGUCCAUUGACUCGUGUGACAAAUGGGAUUCAGGAAAAUACACUCUAACCCUGACUAACAGCAGUGGGUCUGUGUCAGAGUUUGUUACCCUUAAAGUCCUUGAUACGCCAGGAGCUCCGCAAAAUCUUGUAGUGAAAGAUAUUAAGAAGGACUCAGUCACUCUUGAUUGGGAUGCGCCACUAAUCGAUGGAGGUUCUAAAAUCAAGCACUAUGUCAUUGACAAACGUGAAUCCACCAGGAAGGCUUACGCAAACGUCUCAAGCAAAUGUACAAAGACAACAUUCAAGGUUGAGAACUUGAUAGAGGGUGCUAUGUACUACUUCAGAGUCAUGGCUGAGAAUGAAUAUGGCGUCGGCCAGGCAAACGAAACAAAGUCAGCUUCAAAGGCGUCCGAGGUACCGCUUCCUGUCGGGAACAUCUCCCUUGUCGACGUCACCAAAGCCAGUGUGUCAUUGGCCUGGGAAAAACCUGAGCAUGAUGGAGGUAGCAGGAUUGGUGGCUACCUUAUUGAGAUGCAGCCCAAGGGUACGGAGAAGUGGGGUGUUGCUAUGAACACAAAGACAUGCGAAGGCACGGUCACAGGCCUCACAAACGGAAUGGAAUAUCUGUUCCGUAUCAUUGCUUACAACGAGAAGGGAAAGAGUGAGCCAAAGGCACUCGUGACACCCGUUGUUGCCAGUGACAUGACCUUGGAGCCAAGCAUUAAGAUGCAGUUCAACACUUAUAGUGUGUUGGCAGGAAAAGACCUGAGCCUGACUUUUCCUAUACUUGGCAGGCCCAAACCCAAGGUCACCUGGGCAAAGGAUGGUCAACUGCUGAAGGUGACCUCCAGAGUCAAUGUGGUGAACACGCUCGCAACAACGGGGAUCCAGAUAUCUGAAGCGUGCAAAGAGGACUUUGGAAAGUACUCCAUCACAGCCAACAACGCCGCCGGCACAUUUAUCGCUCACAUGGAUGUCAUUAUUCUCGAUAAGCCAGGUCCACCGACUGGUCCACUUAAAGUUGUCGAGGUGAGUAACACUUUUGUCCACCUCUCGUGGGAUCCCCCAGAGUACAAGGGCGGAUGCCAGGUGAAACAUUAUAUCGUAGAAAAGCGAGAAACCACAGGCAAUACGUGGCAGUCGGUCACCCUGCAGCUAGCUAGGACAGCUUUCAAAGUGACCAAGCUGAAGACGGGCGUGGAAUACCAGUUUAGGGUCAUUGCAGAAAACCGAUAUGGAAAAGGCCCUCCUUUAGACUCCAAGGCUAUUGUUGUCCAAUACCCAUAUAAGCCACCAGGCCCUCCUGGGACACCGUAUGUUAAAUCUGCAACCAAGGAGAUGAUGGUCAUUGAAUGGAAUGAGCCAGUCAAUGACGGUGGAACCGCUGUUAUUGGUUACCAUCUUGAGAGCAAAGAGAGAAGCAGUAUCCUAUGGAACAAAUUGAACAAGACACUCAUCACCAAUACUCAGUUCAAGAUCUGUAAUCUCGAAGAAGGAAUUGGAUACGAGUUCAGGGUUUAUGCUGAAAAUAUUGUUAGCAUGGGCAGGUGCAGUAAAGCCUCAGAGUCAUUUGUCGCACGUGAUCCAUGCGACCCCCCUGGCACUCCAGAGGCUGUCGUCAUUUCUAGAAACUUGAUUAAGAUUCGUUGGACAAAGCCUCAGUAUGACGGCGGCAGCAAAGUCAAUGGCUACAUUGUAGAAAAAAAAGACCUUGCCUCACCCGAUAGGCGUUGGGUCAGAGAGAACUUUACAAAUAUCACGGAGACGGAAUAUAACAUCAGCGGUCUGACGGAGAAUGAGCAAUAUGAAUUCAGGGUUAUCGCCAGAAAUGCAGCCGGCGUCUUCAGCGAGCCCUCCGACAGCUCUGGACCUAUAACUGCUACGGAUGAAAUUGAGCCACCAAGGGCCUCAAUGGACCCCAAAUACAAAGACGUCGUCGUGGUCAAUGCUGGGGAACAUUUAACUCUCGAUGCCGACAUCCAUGGAAAACCAGUUCCUGACGUGCUCUGGUUCAAGGAAGGCAAGGAAAUGGACAGAGCUCUGCGCAUUGAAGUGAAGAGCACUCCCAAAUGCACUGCUCUGACCGUUAAGGACGUGAACAAAUUGGACAGCGGGCACUAUGAACUUGUGCUCAAAAACCUGGGUGGUACAAAAACCUUCCCAGUCACAGUCAAAGUCCUUGACAAACCAGGAAAACCCACAGGACCCUUGAAGGUCACAGGAAUCAUGGCUGACAGAUGCACCCUUGCCUGGUCCGAGCCAUCCCUGGACGGAGGUGCCAAUAUCACUCACUAUGUUGUGGAGAAGCGGGAGACCAGCAGUUUAUCAUGGACGGUGGCUGCCGCCAAUGUCUGCAGUCUGUAUUGCGAAUUAACAAACCUGCUCACCGGGAAUGAAUACAUUUUACGAGUCAGGGCUGUCAACAAAUACGGCCUCGGCGAUUGUCUCGAGAGUGAGCCCAUCGUUGCCCGCAAUCCAUACAAACCCCCUGGUGCUCCUGGAACACCGGAGGCAAGUCGGAUCACUAAGGAUUCAAUGGUUCUGUCAUGGUCAGCCCCAGAGCAGACUGGCGGGGCAGAUAUCGCAGGCUACCACCUAGAAAAACGUGACAAAGACAGUGUCCGCUGGACAAAGUGCAACCGACAAAAACUGAGAGACGCUCACUUCCAAGUGACGGGACUGAUGGCCGACCACUUUUAUGAGUUCCGCGUCGCAGCCGAGAAUGAGGCAGGAAUCGGAGACCUCAGUGAACUGUCGCUUCUUUACAGAGCCUGUGAUGCCACAAAGCCCCCAGGACCCCCGCACCACCCCAAGGUGACAGACUACACAAAGUCCUCUGUCUCACUCUCCUGGGGAAAGCCCGACUUUGACGGGGGCGCCUAUAUCAAGGGCUACGUAGUUGAAAUGCGAGAGUAUACGCCAGUACCAAAAUCGACAGAGGAGGUAGAAGUCGCCCCGACAGUAGACAGACCGGUUGAAAAAGAGUGGGCCACGUGUACGCCACCCUCUGGUAUUCAGGCUACUCAACUUACUGUCACGGACUUAAAGGAAUUGGAAGAAUAUCAGUUCCGUGUCUGCGCCAUCAACUCCGAGGGUGUGGGUGAGGCCGCUUACGUCCAUGGCACGGUGGUUGCUGUGGACAGGGAGGAAGCACCGGAGAUUGAGCUUGAUGCUGAUCUCAGGAAGGUGGUGUCUGUGCGUGCUGGUGGUACGUUGCGUUUGUUUGUCACCAUCAGAGGAAGGCCAGAUCCCACUGUAAAAUGGGAAAAAAUGGAUGGUGCUCUCACAGACCGCGCUGUCAUCGACACCACCAGCUCAUACACUAUGGUUGUCAUUGACAAUGCUAACCGCUGGGACAGUGGCAAAUACUCACUCACCUUGGAGAACAGCAGCGGUUCAAAGUGUGCCGUUGUCUCCGUGCGGAUUUUGGAUACACCGAGUGCACCGCAGAACCUCAGUGUGAAGGAUCUCAAAAAGGAUUCAGCGACGCUUGUCUGGGAUACGCCGCUCACUGACGGUGGGUCUAAAAUCACCAACUACAUCGUUGAGAAGAGGGAGUCUGUCCGUAAGGCCUACACGACUGUUACCAGCAACUGCACGGCAAACACUUUUAAGAUUGAAGAGUUGCCCGAGGGUGGCAUUUUCUACUUCAGAGUUUGUGCUGUUAAUAAAUACGGCCAAGGGCUGACGGUUGAAAGCAGAGAAACUAAAGUUUCAGAGGUACCCAUGCCGCCAAACAAUGUAACCAUCGUCGAUGUGACCAAAAGCAGCGUUUUGCUCUCGUGGGGCAAACCUGCACACGAUGGCGGCAGUAAAGUCAUCUGCUACAAUGUGGAGUUCAAGCCCAAGAGUGGUGGAAAAUGGGGUACAGCUUGCACAGUCAAGGUGACAGAGGCUACCAUUCCAAAUCUGACUCCCAACGAAACUUACCUCUUCAGAGUCGUCGCAAUCAACGAGAAAGGAAAGAGUGAGCCCAAGGAGCUCGGUUUGCCUGUGCACGCAAAGGACACGGCCAUCGAGCCCUCUGCCAACCUACUAUUCACAACAUACAGCGUGAAGGCUGGAGAUGACCUGGCUGUUGAGGUUCCAGUGAGAGGCAGACCUAAGCCCGUUGUUUCGUGGAAGAGGGACGGUCUUCCCGUGAAGCAAACUUCUCUGGUUACAAUUUUAAACAUGGAGACGUCGUCCAAGAUGCUCAUUAAGCAGGCUGCCAGGGAGCAUGUUGGAAAGUAUGAGAUCACCCUGGCCAACACCGCAGGAACAGUAACAUCACAGCUAAGCGUAGUUGUCCUGGAUAAACCCAGUCCGCCGACAAGCUUUAAGGUUGACGCCGUGACGUCUGACAGCAUCACGCUUUCCUGGUCUCCACCGGGUUACGAUGGCGGCUGCUCCAUAAGUAACUAUAUCGUUGAGAAGAGAGAUACCAACACACAAGAGUGGCAAAUGGCCGCGAGCAAUGUGGCCAGAACGGUCUACAGAGCCAGCCGCCUGACGCACGGGGCAGAAUACCAAUUUCGCAUCUACGCAGUCAAUCGUUAUGGAAAGAGCACACAUUUAGAUUCUCCUGCAAUUACAGCUCAGUAUAAUUUUAAGCAACCCGGUCCCCCUUCCACACCAGCAGUUAAGCUCGCCAAAAAGUCUUACAUGGUGGUGACCUGGAACGAGCCUGUCAAUGACGGGGGCAGUCCUGUUCUUGGCUAUCACCUUGAGCGGAAAGAGCGCGACAGCAUUCUCUGGAGCAAGAUGAACAGAGGAAUGAUCAAGGAUUCUGAGUACAAAGUCACUGGAAUAGAAGAGGGGAUUAUGUAUGAAUUUCGUGUCUAUGCUGAAAAUAUUGCUGGGAUCGGUAAAUGCAGCAAGGUCUCUGAGGCUGUGGCGGCGAGAGAUCCGUGUGAUCCUCCGGGAAUCCCCGUUGUCACCGCUGUAAGCAGAACAUCUGUAUCCUUGAGUUGGGACAAACCAGAGUAUGACGGCGGCGCCAAGAUCUCUGGCUAUAUCGUUGAACGUCGAGAUCUUCCGGAAGGUCGCUGGACAAGGUGCAAUUUCACCAACGUGCCCGAGACUCGCUACCACGUGACGGGCCUUACGGAGGACAGCCAAUACGACUUCCGUGUUAUUGCUAAGAACUCGGCAGGAUUGUUCAGCGGACCCUCUGACAACACUGGCCUGAUCGCCGUCAAGGAUGAUGUGGAGCUUCCACGAAUUAUGAUGGAUGUCAAAUACAGAGAAACUGUAUUUGUGAAAGCCGGAGAAACUUUAAAGGUUCACGCUGACAUCGCAGGCCGCCCUUCCCCCGUCGUCGCCUGGUUCAAAGACGACAGCGAGAUUGUGCCAAGAGCGAGAAUCCAAGUUGUUUCGACAGAUACCGCUACUUCGGUGAUUGUGAAAGACUGCAUCAGAAGAGAUUCCGGUCAAUACUUACUCAUGCUACGGAACAUGGCCGGGACAGUUAGCAUGCCAAUACAUUGUGUCAUUAUCGAUAAAUCAGGGCCCCCCGCAGGACCUCUGCAGAUUACAGGUCUCACGUCUGAGGAAUGCACUCUGUCGUGGGGUCCACCUCAGGAGCCCGGUGGUGCUGAGAUCACACACUAUGCUGUUGAGAAGCGCGAGACCAGCCGCCUGGCCUGGACUCUGGUGAAGGCUGACGUCACCAAAACGUACUUGACCGUCAGGGGACUGCUGAAGGGAAAUGAAUAUAUCUUCAGGGUUUUGGCCAUCAACAAGCACGGAAACGGUGAGGCUUUGGAGAGCGAGGCUGUCAAGAUCACCGACCCGUACACGUUUGCCACAGCUCCUCUUAACGUCGAUGCCACUGACAUUACUGGAGAGUCAAUGACCGUCACGUGGUGCAAACCGACGAGCGACGGAGGCAGUCCAAUCACUGGCUACGUGAUUGAGCGCCGGGAGAAGACCGGCAUGCGCUGGAUUCGUGUCAAUAGAGAUUCAGUCGCUGAAUGUAGCACCAUGGCAAACAAACUGCGUAAGGGUUGCGAGUAUGACUUCAGGGUCUAUGCUGAAAAUGCGGCCGGUCUGAGCCCUCCGAGUGAAGCCUCUGCUUCAUUUAGAGCAGUCGAUCCUCAGGCCGUUCCAAGUCCUCCGUCCAAGCCAAAGAUCGUGAAUUCAACAAAGGACAGCGUGUCCGUUGUUUGGAAAGCACCUACCAACAAUGGAGGUGCUCCUAUCCUUGGAUACGCCGUCGAAUACAGGGAGUACAUCCACAAACCAGUGACGGCGGUGGCGGAGGUUGAAGGGGAAUAUGAAGAAGAGGAAGAGGAGGAACCCGAGUCACCAGAACCGCAGAGAUGGGUUGAGGCCAUUGCUCUCACCAAGAGCUUGGAGUUCACAGUUCUUGGACUAAAAUCUGACAUAAUAUAUGAAUUCUGCGUCAAAGCAAUCAACAAAGUUGGAAGCAGUAGGCGCAGCCGCUGCUCCGAUGCGGCUGCAGCAGUGGAAAGAACUGCAGAGCCAGGAUUCGAUGUGGAUGUUGAGAUGCGCAAAGUCCUUGUGGUUCAGCACGGAACGGCAUUUACCCUCAAUGUUCCAUUCAAGGGUAAACCUGUUCCUUCGGUGGAAUGGGCCAAGGAGGGCACCGACCUAAAGGUGAGAGGAACGAUUGAUUCAACAAACUCCAGCACUUCACUGACCAUCGAAAAGUCAACAAGAAAUGACUCUGGAGAAUACUGUGUCAGCAUUGAGUCGCCAUUAGGAAAAUCAACAUUACCGUUAGUUGUCAAGGUUCUUGAUUCUCCUGGACCCCCAGUCAAUGUCAAGGUUUCAGCAGUGACCAGGGACUCGGCCACCCUCACGUGGGAAGCCCCUGAGAAUGACGGUGGCGACGCAGUGAAGGCCUACCACGUUGAAAAGCGAGAGGCGAGUAAAAAGACCUGGGUUUCCGUCACCACUAACUGCCACGCAUUGACGUAUAAAGUGGACCAGCUUCUGGAAGGAGCCACUUAUUACUUUAGAGUUGUUGGAGAGAAUGAACAUGGAUUGGGAGUACCGCAGGAGGCAAAAGCCGGCACAAAGAUUACAGAGGUGCCGAGUGUUCCCAUGAAACUCGGAGUUGCAAAUGUCACUAAAGACAGCGUGACAAUCGCCUGGACUCGUCCCGAGUAUGACGGUGGUAGCAGGGUGAAGGCUUACCUCAUUGACGCUCUGGAGAAGGGACAAACCAAAUGGGUCAAGUGUGCAUCAGUGAGGACCAUGAGCCACACUAUAAAAAGCCUAAGAGAAGGUGCAGAGUACUACUUCAGAGUGAGAGCUGAGAACCACGCUGGACUAAGUGACCCAAAGGAGAUGAUCGUACCGGUUAUCGUCAAAGAAAUUCAAGAGGCUCCAGAGUUUGAUUUGAAAAACUACCCCAAGAAUACAGUUUACGUCAGAGCUGGUUCCGACCUUACCUUCGACGUUCCACUUUUUGGCAAGCCGAUGCCGAAAGUGACUCUGUCCAAGAACAAUGUUGUCAUCAAGGGAUCCAAAAGACUGUCGACCGAAGUCACGCCUGACAACUUAACGAUUACCCUGAAUGAAAGCGCAGCAAGCGACGCUGGGAAAUACGAAGUAACCGCCUCAAACCCCGGCGGUGCCGCCAAGAUCUUCAUGAACUUUGUUGUGCUGGAUAGACCUGGACCCCCGGUCGGACCUGUGGUGAUUGGAGCGGUUGGAGAGACGACAGUGUUCUUGAAAUGGGAUCCUCCAGAGUACGAUGGUGGCAGCCCUGUUACCAAUUACGUCGUCCUGAAACGGGAAACUAGCACUCCUACCUGGACAGAGGCGUCAACUAACGUUGCAAGAAGUGAAAUCAAAGUGAUGAAACUGACCAAGGGGGAGGAGUAUCAUUUCAGAAUUAAGGCUCAGAACCGCUACGGUGUCAGCGACCACAUUGACAGCAAGUCAGUUAUGAUCAAGCUUCCAUUCACCGUCCCUGGACCUCCAUCCACCCCUUGGGUUAGUUUUGUGUGUAGGGAUAACUUGACUGUCUGCUGGAAUGAACCGGUGAGCGACGGCGGGAAUCCCGUGACCGGGUAUCAUCUUCAGAUGAAGGAAAGGAGCAGUAUCCUCUGGCAAAAGAUCAACAAAACAGCAAUACCAGGAAACCAGUUUCGGGUCACCAACAUCUGCCCGGGUCUCAUCUACGAGUUCAAGGUGGCAGCUGAAAAUGCCGCUGGCAUUGGAAAGAUGAGCAAGACGUCUGAAGAGGUGCUGGCGAUUGAUGCGUGUGAGCCUCCUGCAAAUGUCCACGUCACCGAAGUCACAAAGAACUCAGUCAGCCUGUCCUGGCAGCGGCCCCCAUAUGAUGGCGGCAGUAAGAUCGCCGGCUAUAGUGUGGAGAGGAGGGACGCCGCCAGUGGCAGAUGGGUGAAGGCUAACUUCACAAAUAUCCUUGAGAUGGGCUUCACGGUGUCUGGGCUGAACCAGGACGAGUCUUACGAGUUCAGGGUGUAUGCAAAGAAUGCUGUCGGCUCUGUCAGUAACCCUUCUCUUAUUGCUGGCCCGGUCACUUGUAUCGACGCGCACGGUGCUCCGGCCAUUGAUCUUCCUCCAGAGUAUUUGGAUGUGGUUCAGUAUAAAGCCGGAACGUCAGUUAAAAUCAGAGUAGGAAUCAUUGCCAAACCUCAGCCAAGCAUCGAGUGGCUCAAAAACGGAAAGGAGCUUGUCGCUUCUUCUUCCUUGUGUGUGGAAAACACAACCGACUCGUCAGCCAUCCUGAUCAAGGAUGCGACCCGCCGACACACUGGCUUGUAUGAGAUAAAGAUCAAAAACGCGUUUGGCUCAGCGACAGCUACGGUUGCGGUCGAAAUCCUCGACAAACCCGGACCGCCGGCCGGCAGCAUUAAUUUUAACCUCAUCACAGCAGACAGAAUCAUCCUCCGCUGGGAGCCUGUGUGUGAGGCCGACAACGGAGGUUCCAAGGUGACGCACUACAUCGUGGAGAGGCGUGAAACCAGCAGAGUGGUCUGGUCGACAGUCUCUGAGCGGCACGAGCAGACGUACAUCUCCGUCGGCAAACUGGUGCGAGGAAACGAAUACGUGUUCCGGGUCAUGGCUGUUAACAAGUUUGGCGUGGGAGAGCCACUCGAGUCAGAGGCCGUUGUUGCAAAGAAUGCCUUUGUCACUCCGGGACAGCCACAUACGCCUGAGGUGACCAUCAUCACCAAGACUUCUAUGGUGGUCGAAUGGGAAAGUCCAGGUGUGGACGGCGGAAGCACAGUUACUGGCUACUACUUGGAGAGACGUGACAGGAAGAGUUUGCGCUGGAUCCGAGUUUACAAAGACCCCGUUCCAGACCACAAGCAGACUGUCUACCAUCUCACCGAAGGAAACGAGUACCAGUAUCGCGUCUGUGCCAUUAACAAGGCUGGAGAAGGACCCUUCUCUGACGGAUCCGACUUCUAUAAGGCUGCAGAUCCCGUUGAUGCUCCAGAUGAGCCUUGCAAGCUGAAGGUGAUGGAUUCCACAAAGACCUCCAUCACUUUGGGCUGGUCCAAGCCAGAAUGGGAUGGAGGCAGUGAGGUGACCUGCUACAUGGUGGAGAAGCUGGUGGAGGGAGAGGAGAAUUGGACCAUGGUUACUUCAAAGGGAGAGGUCAAGAUGACGGAAUAUACUGUACACGACUUACAGCCGGACGUGAACUACUUUUUCCGAGUUUCUGCUGUCAACUGCGCGGGCCGUGGGGAACCUCUGCAGAUGACUGAGCCUGUACAGGCUAAAGAUAUCUUGGAGGAAGCCCAGAUUGACUCAGAUGUGGCCGUGAGAACUCACUACAUUGUGAAGGCUGGCAAGGAUGUGGAGCUCUCUGUUCCUUUGAAGGGUCGACCAUCACCCGACGCUUCUUGGAGCAAAGGGGAUUUAUGUAUCGACAACAACCCCUCUUAUGAAUUCCACCAUUCGGACACCACCGCAGUUCUCGUCAUGCGUGAUGUCACCAAGCUCGACACUGGAAAAUAUACGGUCAAGAUUGCGAAUGGCGUAGGAGACCCCAAGACGCUAACCUUGUCUGUGAAGGUCCAGGACCGUCCAGCUCAGUGCAGGAACCUGACACUGAAAAACGUAACCCGGGGAAGAGUCACUCUUUGCUGGGAAACGCCACUCCUCGAUGGCGGUGCUGAAAUCACAAACUACAUUGUAGAGAAGAGGGACUCUUCAAAGAGAUCAUACUCUGCAGUCACAAGCAAAUGCGUCGACACUACCUACACGAUUGAAGAUCUCUCUGAAAAGACAUUGUACUUUUUCCGCGUACUCGCAGAGAAUGAGAAUGGUGUCGGUGAACCAUGUGAAACACUUGAACCCGUCAAGGCUGCAGAGACUCCCGGUCCAGUCAAAUGUGUUUCGAUGAAGGAUUCCUCCAAGACCUCAGUCACCCUGCAGUGGCUUAAGCCUGAUUACGACGGCGGCAGCAUCAUCUCCGACUACAUCGUUGAGAAGAAAGCCGCGGGCGAAGACUGGACACUUGGAGGAACGGGCCGACACUGCGAGUUUGAGGUGCAAAAACUUAAGGAGCACUCCGACGUGUUCUUCAGAGUUGCCGCCCGUAAUGAGAAGGGUCAGGGUGACUUUGUGAAGAUAGGUCCAAUCAAGGUCAUCGACUAUGUUAUCACACCCGAAGCGAGCCUCGCAGACUACCCGGAUGGAAGAAUCUGUGUUCGCUUAGGGCACAAUGUCCACAUUGAGCUGCCCUACGUAGGUAAACCCAAGCCGUCAGUCUCUUGGCUGAAGGACAACCUUCCUCUGAAGGAAAGCGAUCAAAUCCGCUUCAAGAAGACAGCCAACAAAGUGACGCUAAUGAUAAAGAGUGUGAAGAAAGAGAAUGAGGGUAAAUUCACACUUACUCUUGACAACAAAAUCAACAGAAAGUCCUUCCACAUCCACGUCAUUACCCUCGGACCCCCAUCGAAGCCCCUCGGACCCAUCCGCCUUGAUGAAGUCAGAGCGGAAAGCAUCAUGAUCUCUUGGGAUGAGCCCAAUGACGACGGCGGCGGAGACGUCAGCUGCUAUACUGUCGAGAAGCGUGACACCUCUCAGCCUGACUGGAAGAUGGCUUGUUCCAGGGUGGAGGGAACUCAGUUCCAAGUGCCCAACCUGGUCAAGGGUGUCCAAUACCAGUUUAGAGUGUGUGCUGAGAACAGGUACGGUGUCAGUGAGCCCCUGGUCUCACAGAUGGUGAUUGCCAAGCACCAAUUCAGGCCCCCAGGCCCACCAGGCAGGCCUGUUGUGUAUAACGUCACCAACGACGGCAUGACAAUCCAGUGGGAGAAGCCUCUCUAUGAUGGCGGUACACCCAUCCAGGGCUUCCAUGUGGAGAAGAGGGAAAAGAACAGCAUCAUGUGGCAGAAGGUGAACCUAGUGCUCAUCAGAGGAACCGAUUACAGGAUCCUGGGUCUCAUCGAAGGCCUCGAGUACUCGUUCAGAGUGUACGCACAGAAUGAUGCCGGCUCCAGCCGGAUGAGUGAUGAAAGCAAGCCCGUCAUGGCCGUCAGUCCCGUUGAUCCUCCAGGCCAGCCCGACUACACUGACGUGACGAGUGACUCGAUCACGCUGAAGUGGGAUGCGCCCAAACGUGACGGCGGCAGUAAGAUCACUGGCUACAACAUUGAGAAACGACAAGGUCACGGUCGUUGGUUCAAGGCCAACUUGACUGAUGUCCACGACUGCAAGCACACUGUGACUGGUCUGACAAUGAACGAGCGCUAUGAGUUCAGGGUGAUUGCCAGAAAUGCCAUCGGUGUCGUCAGUCCCCCGUCCAACUCGUCUGGUUUGAUUGUGGUCAGAAGCGAGAAUGCUGCUCCGCACAUUGAAUUUGGCCCGGAGUAUUUUGAGGGUUUGACUGUCAAAGCAGGUGACAACAUCAGGGUGAACGUGGCGAUCACCGGGCGCCCUGUUCCCAAAGUGAUCUGGUACAGAGACGGCGUAGAAAUCACGCAAAGGAUGAUGAAUAUUAUCACCGCUCCUGGAUACAGCACUCUUUUCAUCAGAGAUGCUGACCGUACCCACCGCGGUCUCUACACCGUCGAAGCGACUAAUGGAUCGGGCAGCAAGAAGGAGAAUCUUCUGGUUCAAGUACAAGACACACCUGGAGAACCAGUAGGACCCAUCGUGUUUAGCAACAUCUCAGAGGGCAGAUGUACCCUCUCCUGGAAUCCGCCAGAGAACAAUGGCUGCUCGGAAAUUUCACAUUACAUCAUUGAGAAGAGGGAAACAUCCAAAAUCUCUUGGGCAUUAGUGUCUGAUGACUGUCACGAGUGCACGCUUACUGCAACCAAACUCGUAAAGAUCAACGAGUACCAAUUCAGGGUGUCAGCUGUCAACAAGUUUGGUGUUGGCAGACCGUUGGAAUCCUGCCCUAUUAUUGCACAGCUGCAAUACAGUACCCCCGAUUCUCCAGGCACUCCGGAUGCCACCGAGGUCACAGGGGAAAGCAUAACUUUGGCCUGGACUCCUCCAACAUCAGACGGAGGAAACCCCAUCCAACAUUAUAUACUGGAAAAACGAGAGAAGAAGACUGUCCGGUUCUACAAGGUGCUUUCAAAGAAACCCAUCACCGAAUGUGCUCACAGGGUUUCUCAUCUCAGUGAGAAUAUGGAGUACGAGUUCCAGGUGAUGGCUGUGAAUGAUGCCGGCAUUGGUUCUCCGAGCAACAUCUCCUUGCCCAUCAAAGCUGUCGAACCAAAGGACAUCCCAUGCGCUCCAUCCGUGGUCUGUGUGUCCGACUCCACAAAUACCUCUAUCAGUCUGGAAUGGAGCAAGCCUGCAGAUGACGGAGGUUCUGAUAUCCUGGGAUACAUCGUCGAGAUGGUUAAAGCAAAUGAACUCGACUGGCAUAGAGUCAAUGAAGAGCUCGUGGCCGAAACAGAGUACACGGUGACUGGUCUACAAACGGGGGUUGCGUACAAGUUCCGCGUUGCCGCUGUAAAUCAAGUCGGAAGAGGCGAGGACAUGGCAACUCUAGAACCGGCUCAGGCGGUUGACAGACUCACACCGCCAAUGGUUGAUAUUGAUGCCUCCUUCAAGCAAACACAUGUUGUCAAGGCUGGAGGUUCAGUGAAACUAAGUGUACAAUUCAGGGGAAAGCCAGUUCCUGUCGCCACCUGGCUGAAAGAAGAAGGAGAAGUGGGUGUGAUGUCCGAGGUCAUAACUGCAGAGGGCAGCAGUACUCUACAUAUUGAAAACUGCUCGAGGAACGAUACAGGCAAAUACACUGUUAACUUGGAUAACAGCAGCGGUAGCGAGUCCAUGACUUUCACCCUGAAGGUCAUGGACACUCCCGGAGCUCCUGAGGCUUUAGCCUUCCACGAGGUGUCCAGAGGCUCAGUCACCCUUGCGUGGCAGCCUCCGCUCAAUGACGGCGGAGCGCGAAUCCAACACUACAUUGUGGAGAGACGCGAGGCGACCCGUCGCGCUUGGACACAGUCUGGGGGAAAAUGCACUCAGAAUAUCAUGAAAAUCCAGGAUCUCCUGGAGGGAGUGCCGUACUUCUUCAGGGUCUCUGCAGAGAACCAGCACGGUGUCGGCGAAGCAUUGGAGAUGACAGAGCCUGUCGUCGCCACUGCCGAGCCAGCGCCACCUAAGAGAGUGGACAUUGUAGACACAACAGACAGCUCGGUGUCACUGAGCUGGCUGAAGCCGGAGCAUGACGGCGGAAGCCGUAUCCAGAGUUAUAUCAUCGAGGCCAGGGCGAGUGGGACGGAUAAAUGGUUUGUGGUUGGCAACACCAAGAACCUCUCCUACGUGGUCGAUAAGCUCAACAAGGGCCACGAGUAUCACUUCCGUGUGAAAGCCAAGAAUGAGUCCGGACUCAGCAGGCCCCGGGAAAAUCCAGCCCGGGUGUUGGUCAAAGAGCCUCACAUUGAACCGGCAGCUGAUCUCAGUGAGAUCACCGAUCAGCUGAUCACAUGCAGCUCUGGCAGUAGCUUCACAAUUGAUGUUCCUAUUAGCGGGCGACCUGCUCCCAAGGUAGCCUGGAGGCUGGAGGAGAUGAGGUUGAAGAACUCUGAAAGAGUUUCAAUUCAAGUAACGAAAGACAGAACGAGCAUAUCAGUCAAGGAUGCCAUGAGGGGUGAUGGAGGAAAAUACUACCUGACCCUGGAGAAUGUUGCCGGAACCAAGACCUUUACUAUAGACGUCAACGUCAUCGGUAGACCCAACCCUCCGACGGGGCCUGUCGAAAUUUCAAAUAUCACCUCCCAAUCCUGUGUCGUUAACUGGGAUGCGCCAGAGGAUGACGGCGGCACCGACAUAACCAACUACAUCGUGGAGAAGCGUGAAUCUGGUUCCAGUGCCUGGCAACUGAUCAACUCCAGCGUGAAGCGCACGUCUCUGCAUGUCAGUCAUCUGACAAAGUACAUGCAAUACACCUUCAGGGUCUCUGCCGAGAAUAGAUUUGGCAUCAGCAAGCCGACUGAGUCUCAGACCGUCGUCGCAGAGCAUCCUUACACACCUCCUGGAGCACCAACAAGGCCAUGUGUCUUUAAUAUCUUUGCCAACACAAUGACCUUGAAAUGGGAGGAGCCCUAUCACGAUGGCGGCAGCAAGGUGACAGGUUACUGGAUCGAGAAGAAAGAGAGAAAUAACAUUCUGUGGGUAAGGGAGAACAAGAUUCCGUGCUUUGAGUGCUUUCAUAAGGUGGAAGACCUCGUCGAAGGUCUAGAGUACCAGUUCCGAGUUUAUGCGAUGAACAGUGCUGGUCUGAGCAAGGCCAGCGAAGCCUCUAAAGGAGCAGUCGCCCAAAACCCUGUCGAUCCACCGAGUAAGCCAGAAGUGACAAAUGUAACCAGGACCACAGUGUCGCUCAAAUGGUUGGCUCCGCUCAAUGACGGUGGCAGUCCAAUCGUAGGAUACGUCAUUGAACGAAAGCCAUACACUUUGACUGGCGAGGGCCGUUGGCUGAAGUGUAAUUACACAAACGUGACGGAUACUUUCUACACUGUUACCGCCCUGGGAGAAGGAGAACCCUACGAGUUCAGAGUCAUUGCCAAGAAUGCCAACCAAGUCUUCAGCACCCCAUCAGAUUCCACUGGCUCUGUGCAGUGCAAGACUGACUUUGAACCUCCAAAGGCUCACCUCGACGGCAAACUACUGUCUGAAGUUGUCACGGUGAGAGCUGGCUCAGAUCUGGUUCUGGACGCUGCCGUGGGUGGCAGGCCUGAGCCCAAAGCUUCCUGGUCCAAGGGCAACAGGGAACUCGAGUUAUGCGAGAAGUACCAUCUGCAAUACACAUCCAACCGGGCAAUGGCUAUCGUCAAGUUCUGUGACAGAGAUGAUACCGGAAGGUAUAUUCUCACUGUUAGGAACGUGAGUGGAACAAAGACUGCUGAAGUCAACGUCAAAGUACUCGACACUCCGGGAGUGUGUGAAGGCAGCAUCGAAAUCAGCAAGAUAACAGAGGAGUCGUGCACUCUGAGCUGGAAUCCUCCUUUGGAAGAUGGCGGUGAUGAGGUGUCCCACUACCUCGUGGAGAGAAGAGACACCAACAGACUUAACUGGGUUUUCAUGCAUACCGAGUGCAAGGAGCUGGCAUGCAGCAUCACGGGGCUUUUCAAGAACACGGAAUACCUGUUCAGAGUCCGGGGAAUUAACAAGUACGGCGCUGGUGUCGCCCUUGUCUCCAAUCCCAUGGUUGCCAAGAACACUUUCACUGUGCCAUCGCCACCAAGUGCACCUGAGAUCCUGGUGUCUGGAAAGGACUUUGCAACCAUCGAGUGGAUGAAGCCUGAGAGUGACGGUGGCAGCCCGUUGCUCCACUAUCUUGUUGAGAAGCGUGAGAAGAAGAGCGCUCGCUGGGUGAAGGUGAACAGGAGCGGAGCACAUCUCGACACCACGCUGAAGGUGUCCGGUUUGACCGAAGGCAACAUAUACCAGUUCAGGGUGACGGCCAUCAACAAGGCUGGAGAGAGUGAACCGAGUGAGGUUUCACUCUACGUUGUCUGCAGAGAGCCAACAUGCACCCCAUCUCCCCCCUCAGUACCUCGUAUCACUGACACGCACGCUGACAGCAUUAGCUUGGCCUGGUCUCGCCCUGUGGAGGAUGGAGGAGCUGAUGUGCUGGGCUAUUAUUUGGAAAUGCAGGAAGCUGGAACACAGGAGUGGACAAAGGCCCAUGAGAAGACACUGCGCACUUUAGAGCACACAGUGACCGGACUUUGCUCAGGCAAGAAGUAUUGCUUCAGAGUGGUCGGCAUCAACAUCAACGGCAUCGGAGACUUCAGCGAGCACUGUGCCGAAACGGAGCCGGUCGAGAGAAUUGAAACUCCUGACUUGGAGCUCCCUGAUGAGCUGAGGAAGACCAUCUGUCUGCGGGCCGGUGGUUCUCUACGCCUCUUUGUCAAUAUUACCGGCCGUCCUGCUCCGACAAUCACUUGGAGCAAGCAGGGCGUUGACCUUAACAGCCGAGGCUUCGUAGAAGUCACCCGCAAGUCAACCACACUGAUCGUCGAUAAGGUCCAUCGGUACGAUGCGGGAAAAUACACACUGGUGGCUGAGAACUCUGCUGGCAAACAGGAAGUCCAUAUCCUCGUCAAAGUCUAUGACACUCCAGGACCGACGGGACCGAUCAAGAUCAAGGAACUGACCAAAGAAUAUGCCACCAUCACCUGGGAAGGCCCCUGCGUUGAUGGCGGCGCCCCUGUCAACAAUUAUAUCAUCGAGCGGCGCGAAGCCUCCAUGAGAGCCUACAAAACUGUUACUUCCAAGUGCAGCAAGACAUCUUUCAAGAUUGAUGGCCUGAUGGAGGGCAUGUUGUACUACUUCCGAGUCCUACCUGAAAACAUUUACGGUGUCGGCGAGCCUCGUGAGACAUCGGAUGUGAUCCUGGUUUGUGAGGUGCCUCACCCGCCGCGCAAAUUUGAGGUGAUUGACGUCACCAAAAGCACAGUUUCGUUGAGCUGGGAGAAACCUGAGCAUGACGGAGGCAGCAGACUUACGGGGUACAUUGUCGAGGCUUGCAAAUUCGGUACUGACAAGUGGAUGAAGGUGGCCUCGCUCAAGCUAACUGACUUUGAGCACACAAUUGAGAAGUUGAAUGAGAAGGAGCAGUACUUGUUCAGAAUCAAAGCCAUCAACAGUCGAGGCGCCAGCGAAGCAAAGGAGCUCGUUACGCCUGUGACCGUACAGGAACAAAGAGUGAUGCCUGCGGUGGAUUUCACCAGCCUUCCCCAGAAAACUAUUCACGUUCUGGCCGGUAAAACCCUAGAGCUGGACCUACCGAUCAUCGGCAGGCCUCCCCCCUCCUGCAUCUGGUUCUUUGGUUGCAACAGGAUCAAAAUCACAGAUCGUGUCAAGAUUCAGAGCACUGGCAAGUUUUGCAAACUAACCGUUUCCAACACAACCAUCGACGACACUGGAAACUACACCCUGGAGUUGAAGAACACUGUUGGUGUCACCAGCGAGGUCAUCAAAGUUGUCAUUCUCUCCAAACCUGACGAACCAAAAGGACCAAUCAGAUUUGAUGAGAUUGACGCAACCACAGUCACCUGUAGCUGGGAUCCUCCCGCUAGGGAUGGCGGAGCUCCCAUCAGCGGCUAUGUGGUGGAGCAACGAGAUGCCCACAGACCAGGCUGGGUGCCGGUUUCUGACUCUGUCAGCCGACCCACCUUCAAAUUUGAGAACCUGACUGAGGGAGAUGAGUACGUCUUCCGUGCGGCUGCUGUGAAUCGCUAUGGGACCGGAGAUUUCUUGCAGUCUGAAAUUGUUACCUGCAGGAGUUUGACAAAUGUGUCCGGAUCUCCUGGCCGGCCGACCAUUUUUGAUGUUUCGCGUGAUGGUAUGACUGUUGCCUGGAAUCCACCGGAAGAGGAUGGUGGGCUCGAGGUUUCUGGUUAUAUUAUCGAGCGCAAAGAAGUCAGGGCUGAUAGAUGGGUGCGUGCCAACAAGCACCCUGUCACCAUGAAUAGAUACCGCUCCACAGAGCUAAUCGAAGGCCUAGAGUACGAACACAGAAUCAUUGCCAUCAAUGCCCGUGGAUUAAGCAAACCGAGCUUGCCUUCGAAACCAGCUGUGGCAUCAGAUCCCAUUGAUCCACCCGGUUGCCCCCAGAACCCUCGGGUCACGGAAACCACCAAGUCAUCUGUAUCCCUGGCUUGGAGUCCCCCUGAUGAUGAGGGAGAUGCAAGAGUGGACGGUUACCUCAUUGAGAUGCAGAAGGUGGGCACUAUGGCGUGGCUCAAAUGCAACACCACACCCUCUCUGAUAUGCGAGUACACCCUGACCAACAUGCCACAAGGAGAGGAGUUCAAAUUCCGAAUACUGGCCUGCAACGCGGGCGGUUCUGGGGAGCCUGCCGAAGUUCCCGGAACUAUGACUAUCACAGAGAUGUUUGAAUCUCCCGAUUGUGAACUCGAGCUGAAAUACAAAGAUGUGUACGUGGUCCGUCACGGUGGAGUGGUCCGGCUCUCUCUUCCCAUUAAGGGCAAACCUCGCCCUACCUGCUCAUGGUCAAAGGACAGCGGGGCGGUGUCAACCAAGGCCAUGGUUGCUUACACUGAAGACACCAGCGAACUGGUGAUCAAAGGAGCCGAGAGGAGCGACUCUGGUGUGUAUGAACUUCUUCUGGAAAAUGAAGUUGGCAAGAAGAAGGCCCAAAUCAAGGUCAAGGUGAUUGGCCGUCCAAGUGCUCCGGAAGGACCGUUAAUGUUUGAGGAAAUCCAGGCCAACUCUGUAAAGGUGUCCUGGAAAUCACCCACCGAUGAUGGUGGCGCAGAGAUACUCGGUUACAUUGUCGAAAGAAGAGAGGUCACCAGAAAUGCCUGGUACACUGUGGACAGCAGGGUGACUGAUCAUCAAUUGCUUGUCAAGGGCUUAAAUGAAGGAACAGAAUAUCACUUUAAGGUUACCGCAGAGAACUCUUUUGGUAUUGGCCCAUCUCUGAAGUCAGAGCAACCGCUAGUGCCCAAGACUCCACUUUGUCCACCGGAGCCAUCCGGCGCACCGCUGGAAAUCAUGGAUGUCACCAAAAGCUCUGUGGCACUGGCGUGGUGCAGACCAAAGGACGAUGGAGGUUCUUCCAUCAAGGGCUACUUUGUUGAGUACAAGGAGGUGUCUGCGGAGCAAUGGUCUCGUCACCCCGCCAGGAUUCCCUCCACAAUGUUUACCCUGUCUGGACUCAGAGCAAAUGCAGACUAUCAAUUCCGCAUUUUUGCUGUCAAUGAUAUUGGAGAGAGUGAAGCAGGACCUGUGUCAGAGACUGUUACGUGCAAAGAUCCGUUUGAUAAACCAAGCCAGCCAGGUGAAAUUGAUACAACAAUGGUAACUCAAAAUUCCAUCGCCGUUCGCUGGCAAGCUCCAGAGUGUGACGGUGGAAAGGAGGUCCUGGGCUAUUGGGUGGAAUACCGAAAGUCCACUGAGAGCACCUGGAAGAAAUGCAACAAGGAGAGGCUGAAAGAACAGGAGUUUACCAUGCGUGGUCUGGCCGAAGCUACCGAGUAUGAGUUCAGAGUAUUAGCUGAGAAUGACACCGGGAUAAGCAGGCCUCGACGGACAGCCGCUUGCAUCAAGACCAAACUGAGCGUCGAGACCAAACCGAGUCUGAGAAAAGAAAUGGACGAAGUCACAGAGAAACUGGGACAACCUGCUGUCAUGAAGUGCCAGAUUAUUGGCAGGCCGGUUCCUGAGAUCAAGUGGUACCACGCAGGCAAGGAGAUUGUCGAGUCCCGCAAAUACGAGAUGAGCUCCGAUGGCCGUAACCACUCCCUCUCCAUCAUGACUGAUCAACAAGAGGAUGAGGGAGAAUACACCUGUAAGGCUACCAAUGAUGCCGGCGAAGCAGAAACCAAGGCAGUUCUUGUACUGGAAGCUGCCCCGUCCUUCCACUCUGACUACCCAUUGAAGAGCACAUACUACGCCGGUCUAGGAACGACCCUACGCAUCCACGCUGUGUACAUUGGGCGUCCCGUGCCAAAGAUUUUGUGGCUCCAAGAAGCAAAGACCCUGGAGAACUCCGAGGACAUCAGUAUCGAGACCACGGAGCAUUAUACCCACCUCAUUAUCAAGAAUGUGCAGCGCAGGAUCCAUGGAGGAAAAUACAGGAUCCGACUGCACAAUCACUUUGGCAGGGCCGACACUGCGUUCAACGUUGAAAUCUACGACAAACCCGAUAUCCCCCAGGGUCCCAUCGUUCUGGAGGCCCUCCUAAAGAACUCUGUCAUCAUCACCUGGAAGCCUCCCAAGGACGACGGCGGCUGCAUGAUCACCAACUACAUUGUGGAGAAGCGAGAGGACAAAGAAGGAAGCGAGUGGGAAUUGGUGUCGUCGUCCAUUAAUGGCACAUCCUGCCGCGUGCCCAACCUUACCGACAGUGCCGGAUACUUUUUCCGAGUAUACGCUCAGAAUCGCUAUGGCAACAGCGAGCCGCUUGAACUCAUCACACCUAUACUCAUCAAGAGCCAAUUGGAGAAACCGACACCGCCUCAGUCAAUAACUGUUUCUGGAAUCACCAAGGACUCCUGCGUAGUCUCCUGGAAGCCUCCGAUCAGUGACGGUGGCUCCAAAAUCAAGAGCUACUUCCUUGAGAAGAAAGAAAAGAAGGAUAAGAAGGAAUGGGGUGAAUGGAUGCCCGUGACUACAGAUGAGAUCAAGCAGACAGUCUUUUCUGUCAAAUCGUUGUCAGAGGGCAUAGAACAUCUAUUCCGGGUGAAGUGCGAGAACCUCGGAGGGCAAAGUGACUAUAGUGAGGAAAGUCCUUCCAUCGUUCCCGCCACAGCCGUCGAUGUCCGAGCGCCUGCAUUCAAGGAAGAAUUGAGGAACAUGAGUGUCAAACACAAGAGCAACGCAACACUCGUCUGCAAGAUCACAGGUCAGCCAAAACCAGUGAUCAAGUGGUUCAGACGAGGAAAGGAGGUCCAUUCAGACGGAAAGAAGAUCAAGAUUCAAGAAUUCAAGGGAGGUUACCACCAACUGGUCGUCACCGAAGCGGAUGAGGAAGACUCGACCGUGUACCAGAUCAGGGCCACCAACCAAGGAGGUUCCAUCUGUGCUACCGUCUCUCUGGAUGUUGAAAUUCCUGCAAAGAUCCAUCUUCCCAAGAACCUGAAGGACAAAGAAGCAAUUCCUGCCCUGCGUGGAGAAAUGGUCAAUGUUAAGAUACCAUUUGGUGGCAAGCCAGAUCCUGUCAUUACUUGGCAGAAGGGACAAGAUCUUAUUGACAGCAAUGGCCACUACCAGGUCAUUGUCACGCGAUCGUUCACAUCUUUGGUGUUCCCCAACGGCGUCGAGAAGAAGGAUGCGGGAUUCUAUAUUGUCUGUGCCAAAAACAGAUUUGGAAUUGAUCAGCAGACGGUUGAGCUUGAUGUGGCAGAUGUCCCUGAUCCUCCACGGGGUAUUAAAGCCAGCGAUGUCUCCCGAGACUCUGUUGCACUCAACUGGGUUGCCCCAGCAAAUGACGGAGGAAGCAAGGUUAUCAGUUAUAUUAUUGAAAAGUGCCCGACCACAGCCGAACGUUGGGAGCGUGUCGCUCAAUCUCGUGAUGCCCGCUACACUGUUACCGAUCUAUUUGGAGGAACAAGCUAUCAGUUUAGAGUCAUUGCUGAGAACAGGUUUGGACAGAGUGCACCAUCUGAGUCCAGCGGACCCAUCAUGACAAAAGAGGACAAAUCAAGAGUUCUCCUGUACGACACGGAGGUCGACGAUACGGGCUGCGUUCCCAAAAGCAAAGCCCGACACUCUGACGCAAAGAAUCUGCAUAAAACAUUCACUAUUGCAGAAGAACUUGGAAGAGGUCAAUUUAGCAUCGUCCACCGCUGUGUAAACAUCAGCUCGAAGAAGACCUACAUGGCUAAAUUUGUCAAAGUCAGGGGUGCAGAUCAGUCAAUUGUUAAGAAAGAGAUAGCCACACUGAAUCUGGCGAAGCACAAAAACUUCCUCCUUCUGCAUGAGUCGUUCGAUAGCCCCGAGGAGCUCGUCAUGAUCUAUGACUUCAUCUCAGGCGUUGACAUCUUUGAGCGUCUCAACACGGCAGAGUUUGAGCUCAACGAGCGAGAGAUUGCCAAUUACAUCCGGCAGAUCUGCUCAGCCCUCGAGUUUCUGCACAGUCAGAGCUACGGACAUUUUGACAUCAAACCUGAGAACAUCGUCUACACGACAAGAACCGGCUCAAACGUCAAAAUCAUUGAGAUGGGCCAGUGCAGACACCUGACGCCCGGAGACCAAAUCAAGAUUCAGUACACCACUGCAGAGUACGCUGCCCCAGAGAUCCAUCAGUGCGACAUGGUGAGCACCGUGACUGACAUGUGGUCCGUCGGCGUCCUGUCCUAUGUGCUCCUCUGCGGACUCAAUCCAUUCACGGCCGAAACCAACCAGCAGAUGAUCGACAACAUUUCGAACGCAGCCUACGGCUACGACGAUGAAUCCUUCAAGCACGUUAGCGUCGAAGCCCUAGACUUCACCGACCGCUUAAUGACGAAGGAGCGCAAGCACCGUAUGACUGCUGCCGAGGCGCUGGCACAUCCAUGGCUAUCUGCUCCUGCGGAAAAUCUGAGCACCAGGACCGUCCAGAGCGGCAGACACAAGAGGUACUACCAGGCAAUGGUGAAGAAAGAAUGGAGCACUGUGGUGUCUGCAGCCCGCGUGGCCAGCGGCGGAUCGAUUCGGUCCCAGCGUGGCGUGUUAGUCGCAAAGGUGAAAAUUGCCCCGUUUGAACACGGACCGGUUGGAGGCCAGGUCGGACACUUGGUGGCCAGCGAGUGCGACAGCGUCAAGUUCAUCUGCAAUAUUGACAACUACGACAGCACCACUGAAGUCACUUGGUAUUGUGGCGUCAGGCAGUUGGAGGCUAGCGACAAGUACCAAAUCGAUUAUGAGGACGGCCUGGCGACGAUCACGAUCGCCAAGGUGACCGGAGCUGACGACGGCACGUAUAGAUGCAAGGUUGUGAAUGAUUACGGUGAGGACAGUGCCUACGCAGAGCUCUUUGUCAACGGCGUCAGGGCAUACCGUGACUUCUUCACUGCUCGCGUGAUCAAGAGGACAAAGCGUCGAAUCGACACCGCCAGAAUGCUUCAGAAGCCGCCCGAGUUCACACUUCCCCUCGUUAAUCACACCGCAUACGUUGGAGAGGAUGUGCGCUUUGGUGUGACCAUCACCGUUCACCCUGAGCCCCGGGUCACGUGGCACAAAUCGGGACAAAAGCUGGUCCCUGGAGAGGAUGAGAAAAAGUAUACCUUCAUCAGUGACACGGGCCUGUACCAGCUAAUUAUUCACAGAGUCGAAGACGACGACGAUGCUGAAUACAGCGUUGUGGCCCGCAACAGGUAUGGCGACGACAGCUGCAAGGCCCGUCUGACCGUGGUCCCGCGACCAAAACCAGCCGACCUCACUCUAAGGCCCAUGUUCAAACGUCUGCUCGCCAACGUGGAGUGCAGAGAGGGCCAGAAUGUUCGUUUUGAAAUCAGAGUUUCAGGACACCCUGCACUGAAGUGGGAAAAGGAUGGCGUGCCCAUAGCCUUUGGGCCAUCUAUCGAGCUGGUCCACGAAGGUUUGGAUUAUUUCAUUCUUCAUGUGAGAGACACACUCCCCGAAGACUCUGGCGUAUACAGAGUGACCGCGACCAAUUCUGCUGGAUCUGCCAGUUGCCAGGCAACACUGAAAGUGGAACGUGUCACUCAUGUAAAGAAAGUUUACGAGAGCAGCCAGAAGGAGCAGCAAAGUGUGUCUCAGAAGGAGGAAUUGGACAAAAAGGUCCGGUUGCAUCAGAUCUUGUCAGACACCGUUGUCUUGCCGCUACCUCCGGCUGCAGUGCAGGCCGUCAGGGAAGCGGCGACCAUGUUUAAACCCGCCGUGACAACGAAAAAGAGCCAUAGGUCCGAGGCCCAAAUACAGGAAGAAAAAGAGGAGCGAAAGAGGCGAGCCGACGAGAAAAGACUGCGUAUGCCGUACGACGUACCCGCGCCGCGGGUCGUGAACCCGGCUGUUCUCGAAGAGGAUGUGGAAAUCAAACAUUUCAAGCCACUCUCGGAUAUGAAGUGGUACAAGAAGCUCAGGGAUCAGUACGAAUUCCCAGAGCCCAUUGAGAAAAUUAAGCGGAAGAGGAUGAAACGUAUUCGUCUCUCCAGGUGGGAGCAGUUCUAUGAGGUGCCCGUCAGGAUCAAAGACCAGUACAAGCCAAAGUGGCGCAUCCCGUCCAUGACUCAGGAUGAUUUAGAGACGGUCAGGCCGUCGUCGAGGCACCGUGCGGUCUCACCGGGGAUAGACGUCUACCGCAGGAUCAGGAGAAGGUCAUUAGGCGACCUGUCUGAUGAGGAGCUGCUACUGCCGGCGAAGGAGUAUCUGUCCAUGAAGAUCACCGAAGAGGAGAGGCUUCGCUUGGAGGCGGAACUGGAGCUCGGUUACUCUGCUUCACCGCCAAGCCUCAGCCCUGUCCGCUUUGAGCCGUCGUCACUGCGCCCUUCAUCACCCGUGAGAGUCUAUCAUGAUGACGAGGAGGAGGAGGCGGGAGCCCUUCAACGGUACGAUUUGUACCGAAUUCCUUCCAAAUACGAGGCCGGUCCAAGCUUUGUGGAAUUGCGGCAGCGCCAUGACAGAGCUGCAUACAAGGCUCCCAGGCAGAAGCAAAGGGUAUACGAGGAGAGAGAGGAUCAAGACUUGCUGCGACCUCACACCACCACUCAGAGAAUCUCCUCCUACAAGAGUGAACUCCAGCGCAUGGAGUUUGAAGAGAAAAGUCGAAGUUUGAAAAAGGAAACGGUCAUCGCUGUCACAAAAGCUUCAGAGGGCAUCGAAUCGGAGCAUCUGACAUGUUUUGCGUCCAAAUAUAUUCCUAAACCCAUGAAGAAGCUCUCCACGCCUGAGCCGGAGAUAAGGGCUCCUCCCUCCGAAAAGGCUGUCCAAAAAGAGACAAUUUUGCCCGAAGUGGAUUUUCUCUCCAGGUAUGAGGAGAGAAAGCAGACUCUCAGGUCAGAGCGCAGAUCUGUGGAGAGAACGUCAGAUUCACCUUUCAGUCUGGACCACAUCCCUCGCAUUAGCAUCCGCUUGCGAUCUCACCGCGUCGGCUUUGGUUCCAACACCAGCUUCACCCUGAAUGUCCAGGCAAAACCGGAGCCCGGAGUCAAGUGGUUCCACAACGGAAAAGAGAUCCAACCGAGCGGCAAACACCACAUGAGCAACAUGAGUGGACUUCUGACUCUCCAGAUCUACAACUGCGCCAGUGACGAUGCGGGAACAUACUCUGUGGUCUGCAGGAACGUCAAAGGAGAAGCUUCUGACAGUGCCACUUUGGACGUGGCAGCAGAAUUUGCUGCCUUCUCUGCCACCCACCGGGAUGAGGAACCGCCAUAUUCCCAACUUCCAGACAUGGCAAAAACAGAGAUGUACCACAUCUCAGCAGCGGCAGCAGUCAAGGAAACCAUGUCUGAAGUGGUGACAAAACAUAUCACUGUUGUUGAAAAGGCCAUGGUCCCUGCUAAGAUUCUGACCAAACCUCAGUCUCUGAGUGUCGAUGAAGGAGGUCUAGCCAGAUUCUCUUGCGACGUGGAUGGUGACCCAGCACCUUCUAUCUUGUGGCUUCGUGAGGGAGCAGCUCUGGGUUCCUCUCAACAUCACCACAUUGUCUCUACGCGGUACAGCUCCUCUCUGGAAAUUUCUUUUGUUCAGGUGUCUGAUGCAGGAAGCUACACGUUGAGUGUAGAAAAUGCCGGUGGUAAACAAGAAGCCUAUUUUACUCUGACCAUCCGCAAGUCUGAGUCCAAACGGAAAGUCGGGGUCUCUCCCAGAGUCACCUCUCCUGAAGCCAAGUCCCCCGAACCAGUCAAAUCCCCACAGAGAAUCAAGUCUCCUGAACCAAUCAAGUCCCCUCUGAGGGUCAAGUCGCCAGUCUCGCCAAAGUCACCCGCCGCAAAAUCCCCGCCUCCGUCGGUCAAGGAAGUCAGAGUAAAGUCACCGGUCUCCCCAAAUUCCCCCACUGCAAAAUCGCCGACUCCAUCUGUCAAUCAAAUAAAAUCACCAAAGCGAGUCAUGUCACCAACUGUGGGAAAAAAGUCUCCUUCUGUUGAUGCGGAGAACCGCAAAUGCGGGACGCCACCUCACUUCCUGUUGCAACCCCGAUCCCAAAAUGUGGACCAGGGACAAAAUGUUAAACUCACCUGCGAGGUUGCGGGAGAGCCUUUCCCAGACGUGGAGUGGUUUAAAGACAACUUGACUCUGUCAGCCACGUCCAACGUUCAAAUGACCUGGACCAACAGUUUGUACACACUGGAGAUUGGUGAAGCAACACUGGCAGACAGCGGCAAAUACACUAUCAAGGCCAAAAACCAGCUUGGCCAGUGCUCCGCCACAUCCUCCCUUAAUGUCAUCACUGAUGCACAAAGAAUGAUAAGUGCGGAACAAUCGGAAGCUUUCUCGGCCUCUUCGGUUCGUGUGACAUCAGCGUCUUUCAGCUCCACGGAGAGCUCAUCUGAGACGAGCCGUCAAAUUGUGCAUACGUACGCUCAAUCGCGUGACAAAACCUCCUCCUCGUUUGGUAUAUAACACCCUCCAACCCCCUCCCGCCCCAAUUUUCCUCACUGGCAAUGGUUUGUUUCAUGAUUAAUCAACAAGAAUUGACACCAAUUUAUCUUCUUGUAUAUAGGAACUCUUACUUUUUUUUGUACCAAACUUGACAUUCAGUGAUUGCCCAACUCAAGUCUCCAAUUGUUUUCAGAUGCGAUGACACUUUGGCAGUGACAUGUACAUAAUGUAUAUAGCCGGAUGUGACGGUUAUGGGGAAUGUAUGCAUUGUUAUUUAUGACAAGAAUAUGAAGCGAAGGAACGAAAGCAAAUGCGCUUGAACAGGAGAAAGUCCCGUGCGGAACGAAUACCCUGUUAAAAGCAGAAACUAAAAUGCUGCGCCUCAACGCUACGUUGACGUCUAAGAUUUCCUCGGCAGGUAGAGCGUCUCCCUGUUGAAGUUAACUCGACACAAAAAAGAAACCUUGAUGUUUUGGACACGUGUCGCCUUUCUGAUUUCUGGCGAACGUAAGACCCCGAGCGCCGCCGGCGUCACCCUCGCGCGAGCGGCGUGACGACGUCUCACGCUCGGACCGACUGCAUCGUACCACCAAUUGAUUUGAUGACCGGCCGAGAGCGCAAGUGGCCUGUGCUCUCCCCUUUGACGUAGGAGCGCUGCUUCUUGCACUGGACGCUCCUUUGGAACGUCUCCUUACUGCCAAAGAAAGUCCAAGUGGACUCUGCUGUGCAGAAGCAACGCCAAAUCCCUUGGAGGAUUGCUCAUGAGUGUGUUGUGUGUAUUGUAGCUUGUAGUCAAGUAUUGACUUAUUUGCCACGCUGACUCCAUCUGCUGUGGCAAACCUUGUUUUGUUUCAUUUGUCCUCCAUGGGUGUUUUAUUGUUUUUGUUCUAGUAAAGCAUGAUUUCAGCACCA